AUGGGGUUCUUCGCCUCUAGAAUAGCGAUUGGCCUCUUUUUUACGUUAUGGAUUUGCAGAAUACAAGCCCAACAUGGAGAAAUGAGUAAGUAAUUUUAACUUAACAGUAAAUUUGUCUCUCAGUCACGGAGAACGCAGCUACCCAGAAAUUCCUCAAAUGCAUACUUGAAGCUUGCAUGUUUAUUUCAGCAAUAUCUAUGCGCGACUUUUUAGUCAAUUUUGUCUAAACGCGUUUAUUUUCUCUUCUCCUCGUUUUGUGCAAAGAUUUCGAUUUUUUUGUCAAAUUCUAGCUCAUUCUUUGGAAGUCGACCGAUCAUGAAAGGUUUAUUGUAUUCAGACCCACCAUGGAAGGUCUUUUCUUUUAAGACGUUGUGGCUUUUUCGCCCUAUUUUGUUCAGUAAAAUCAGCUCAGUAGUUAUUCUUUUUUUAAUCUUUGGAUUUCUAAGUUUGCUUCUUUGCAGAUGUUAAUUUUUAGAGUUAUGUGUGUGCAAGAGUGAUAAGUCUCGAGUUAUAAUGCGGAGCACUAUAAAACAAAGCCGCAUGGAAGCUCUGUGCUCUCAUCGAAUUCUCUUCUCAGGAAAGUCUUUUGAUUUCUAUUAAUCUUACGUAUAGAAAACAAAGCAAAAGCCCUUCAUUUGGUUAUUAUAACAUUUGGAAAGCUGGAGAAAAUGAAUAAAAAAUCAGCAUUCUCAGGGAUGUUUCGGCUGGGAUUUUCUCGUAUAUCAUGUUACGUUUUCGCAUACCAAGUAACAGGACAAUCGACCAUUCAGUAAAUUCAGGUUUUGCACGAAGGCCUUACGGGGCCGUGGAUGGAAGAUGUUCAGUGUGAUCUGAUCACAUUUUUGUUUGUUUUGCAUGUAUCCAGAGCUUUAUUUUGCUUCAAAUUCUGAGAUCCUGAAACAAGUCAUUGUUUUGUUCUUGCAUAUUGAAAAUAAACGAAUGAAUAAAACAGGAUAAAAACAAAACAGACAUUAGUACAUAAGUGAGUGAACAUAACUCGCAGAGUACCUUCAUAAAAUAAAUAUAAAUCGUUAUUUUUAAGCAGCAUUUUGGAAACAAAAAAUUGUAGGCCUUUCCUUUUCAAAGACGUCUUUGCCGUUAAGUUGCUCCACCGUCUCGCAAGAGACGCUUCUGUCCGUUUAAUUUUCAUCGUUUUCUGUAGAUUUGUAUCUAACCCAGAAUAAAUCAAAUUGUCAUUAUUAAGUUCUUAGAAAAAAAACUAUCAGAAAAUUAAUUAAACGCGACUGUACUUCGCACAAAAGAACCGUGUUUUCCCCGGGUGUUUUUUAAAAACAACGAGAGGCCACUGGGACCGAGCUUGAUGCAUCAUCAAGUCGAGGCUGCAAGUGAAAGAUGGCGGACAGGCAUCGUGACUUAUGCUUUUGCGCUCUUGCUUUGAAUUUCAUGGCCUCUAGGCUUUUAAGAAGGUUAGAAUUGGCUAUUCUUUCAGCAGAUUAAUUGAAUAUUUUGAAGCAGUUGUGGUGUCCUUCGGAAUGAAACGCACACUCGUGCUCCCAGAACGUGUUUACUUGAUCAAAGUUUGCGUUUUAGUGGAAAAUUUAUGAUUAAACAGAAGACCUUGGGACAUAAGCACUUUGUUAUUUUGAAGUAAUGUAAAUAUUAACUAAUUUUGUUCGUUGUGUCUCUUUUAGUACCAACAGUGGUAGAUCCGGUAAGUACACUGUAAAUGCUAACUACAAAAUUUAAUACCAGGAAGAAAUAAGUUGAUGUGCCUGGCUCAUAGUGGAAGAAGCACAAGAACCAGCAGCAGUUUAAAAAGUAGAAGUAUAUAGUUUUUGGUGAAGUGAUGAUUCCAGUUUAAUUACACAUUUGAAGUGCUUCUGGGUUAUCAUGCCUUUUCAGAGGGCUGGUGUUUAUCUCACACUUUUUCUAACUAUUGAAGCGAAGCGACCAUCUAAGUACGAUGAAUCUACAUUGUAGAAAUAAAUAUUAGGUACAACAAAGAAAUGCUUGGAACAAAAUGUGAGCUCCCAGUUGGAAUCAAACCCACUACCUUCCAGAUACUGGUAGGAUGGUCUAACAGCUGACCUUCAGGCUUCACAUAAUUAUAGCUGUGACUUCCCCAAAAACCUCCAACCCAGUCUGCAGAGUAUGGCAGGUGCAGAAAGAUUUUUGAACAACAUAAAAGAAAAACGGUCUUAAAACAGCCUUGCACACGCAAGAUCUCAUCGAGUUCUGCCAUACUCUGCAGAUGGGCCUUCGACCUGCUCAACAUAUGUCGCCCUGGAAGGUCAAGGAUUUGAUUCCCGCUGGGGGCUCAGAUUUUUUUCAGAGCAUUUUUUUGUUGUAUCUAAUAUUUGUUUCUAGUUUUUUCUUACAAGCAUAGUCUACUUGAAGUAAUAAUAUUGCUUCACUAUGCUAGUAAGAAAAAACUAGAAAUAAAUAUUAGGGUACAACAAAAAAAGAAAAGGGAAAAAACAGGUCCUUUACUAUUUUUUCCCUUGCUCAUGCUUAUCUCCUUCCAGUUAUACUGUAUGCUUGUUGCUUAAGUAUAAACUAGGCUUGAAGUUGUUUUCAACACCUCCAUUAUGCAGUUCUGUCCUCAGUGAUAUGUAUACAAUGCAACAAAAUUUAUACAAACCUCAUGUCAGAACAAAUACUGGUAGUAAAGGCAAAUCAAUCCUUGGAAGCACCAUUCCACAAUACCCAAGAGAUCUGAAUGAGUAUGCUUUUCCAAAAAACAUCAGACCUUAUCUACUGACUGAGAAGUAUUUAUUGUAACCAAACAUUAUCUUAAGUUCUUGUUUAACUCACUUCUUCCUCACACUUGUGCAUUUUUACUUUUUCUUAUCUUUCUUAUUUAACUGGAAUUGUUAUUGAUUUGUUCUUUUUUUCACUUUUGGUACAUCUAAUUAAUUUUUGUAAUUUUUAUGUUAUUAUAAUUAUUAUGUAACAGUACCCUGUGUUUAUAUUAUCCAGGCAUUGAAAGGUGAAGCAGGCCCAGCAGGAAGAAAGGGUCAAACUGUAAGUAUCUAAAUAACUAUUUAGGAUACUCUUUCAGUGAUUUUGUUAACUCUGCAUCCUACAUGUACGUCUUGCGUCCCUGAUACAUUAAAAAACCCCAAAACACCAAAAAUAAUUCAUGGCAUGCAUCUCAUAGGAUGCAAAGAUUGAACGAUUUAUCGAAGUUGUUAUUCUUAUGACCAAAUUUUUAUAGCCCAGUGGUGGCUGUGUUUAACAUGGAUCUACUGUAGUAGUGGAGGCGUGUGUGGCCGAGUGGUUAACACCUCGAACUCUGGAUCUGGAGGUCCGGGGUUCAAGCCUCGCCCGUUGUGUUGUUUCCAUAGAGAAGAUACUUUACUCUCUCUUUACCCAUGUGUAUAAAUGGGUACCGGCAAGUUACUGCGAGGUGAGAGGGGGGGGGGAAGGUUUAGGGUUAGGGUUAGUGGGUAACCCUAGACUAGCACCCCAUCCAGGGGGGAGUAGCAAUACUCCUAGGCAUGCUUCAUGCUACGGAAACCGGUAUACAUGUAAGCCCCAGCCGUGUGGGCCUUUGGCUAGUGUGCGCCUUUACCUUUGCUGUAGUAGUAGUAAUUUAAACUUUCUAUGUAUUUAGGGAGAGCAAGGAGCUACUGGAGCAAAAGGAGAACCUGGUGAGCCCGGAGACGAUGGAGAUGCUGUAAGUACUGGAGAAACUCUUUUAGCCCUGAUGUUCCUUGUAACAGCCUAUUGUUCUCCCUAAAUUUUAGCCCAGCAGUUAACCGACCAUUCAUGGUCGGUAAGGCAAAAAAUAUGUGCCAGAGAUGCACUUUCCUGGGGGGAGGGGGGUAGUGGAGUGAGGGACAUGGUCCGCCCUCGCUUGGAAUUUUGGAGCUAAGUUCUCUGAAACUUCAUUCCCUCAUUUUAGGACCUAUUUUAUGCAAAUCAGCCAUUAUUAUCUUUAGACAACCAUUUAAAAUGUUUGAUUCCAAUAAUUUUACUCUGUCUACAAUGUUCUCUUUCCAAAAUGCUUGGCCCUUAAAAAGAAAAGUCGUGUAUACUUUUAGUGUAGUACAUUUCCAUAUAUUUAUGCAUUUUCUUGUGAGAAUCAGAUCAGAUCACAACUUGCAUAUUUUUUAAAACAAUUAAUUUAAUUUUGGUAAACCUUCAAACAGUUGCAAGCACUAAGAAGUGUUGCUUCAGGCGGUAAAUUUUUUCCAGUUACCACCUGAUAGGGAGAACACUGAAGGGCCUGGCUUUAUUCUCUUCACCCCUGGCCUACAUGUAGGUCAAAAGUUCCAAUACAGUAAUAAUUAUUCUGAUAAAUAUUGAUUGUCUUUUUGUGAUAUCCUAAGGAACAAACAAAAGUAUGCAAAAUGUCUGCCAAAGAGGUUUCAUUUAACCCUUUAAGCCCCAAUAUCCACAUACAAAUUCUCCAAACUGAUCUUAAUACAUUUCCUAAAAGAAUCUGUGGAGAGAAUGUGAUAAAAGAUCAAAGAAUUUUCUCUUCGGUGAUCAUUUUGUUAAUUCUCAUAACCUAAUCUCUUGACAAUCUAUGGAUAUUGUUAGGAGAAAAUUGAUGUUGGUCACCAUUGGGACUUGAAGGGUUAAAUGGCUGCACUGUAGAAUUUGGUCCAGAGAUUAAAAAGUAAGCUUGACAAAUCAUCUCCCCCUAGCUUGGUCCACAUGAAAGUGCUGUAAUGAUCUGAGUACAUUCAGUGACAGCUUUCCAAGUGGGAAUCAUUCCUACUAGCUGCUACCAAUUGGCGCAAUGGCAAACUAACUGCUUUUGGGAUUUUCCUCUCAACAGGGAGACCAAGGUCUCCGUGGCCCUCCUGGAGAACGUGGACCCAUAGGUCCCCCUGGGCCACCCGGAAAUCCUACCGUCACUACUGUUGGUGUUCCUGGAGUGCCGGUAUGUAGGAAGCUUCAAAUGAAACAGAUUGUGGCUGCCUUUUGAUAAAAACUAUGCUGCUGUAUUAUUCACAUGUGAUUUAUUUUAAACUGCCCAACUCCAAAAAUGAAUCAUAUCACUUUCAAAACAAUGCUCAGUCACUUUGAUUUGAAUGGUCACACUUUGGGAUGUCAUCCACAGAGUCAAAAGUUAGAGCCACCUUUUACAGCAUUAUAAACAGUACCACUGGAAACUGCUCAGUAGCUUUCAUAUGAAUGGUCACACUUUAGGAUUUCAUUCAGACUCAAAAGUUAGAACUACCUUGUAGAUGUACAGCAUAGUAAACAGUACCACAGGAAAGUAUUGCUCAGUAACUCAUUUGAAUGGUCACACCAUAGGAUUUCAUCCACAGACUCAAAAGUUAGAACCACCAUGUAUGCAUAAUAAAGAAUACGACAGGAAAGUACUACUCAGGAACUUUUAUUUGAAUGGUUACACCGUAAGAUUUUUUCCACAAACUUAAAAGGUUAGAACCAUGUUGUACAAAAUGACCAACAGUGCUAUAAAUAAAUGAUCUACUGCCCAGUAGCAUUCACUGAAAUGUUUGUACUUCAGGCAUAUAGUAUAUCUUCUUUAUAUGAGGGGCAUAAACUCAAUAGCAUUCUUUUCUUGCUGUACAGGGUAAACGUGGUGAAAAAGGUCCUCCUGGACGAGAUGGCCCACCGGUAUGUAUUUUGCAGACAUUGGUAAUCCUUUGUAGAGUGGUAAUUCUGUGCAAGUGGUUGUCCUGUGCACAGUGGGUGAAUUUCUAGAUGAUGUACUACUGUUAACUGCCACCCUAGUGAGCAACGAUAAUGUUCCUUUGACGUGUUAUGAUGAACAAGGGAAUCUAUGGGAUACUUUCCACCCGAUCCACAGCCAAUGUACAAAGAACUUUGUAGAUUUGCAAAAGCAGGAUACCUUCUACAUGUGGAACAAUACAUCACAUCUUGGUUCGCAUCGUGUACUACCCACAGGAAGGUCUCUUUCCAGGAUUCCUGAAACUUUCGAAUUCGAGCUGUCGGGUUGUCACGUUGCUUUUUCUUCUCAUUCACCACGGUGCUUUCUUUAGGUUUUGCCUUUCUCUUUAGCUGCUGUAUCGGUGCACCAAAAUAGCUUUUGAUGCUUCGUUGAUCAGCCAUUAUUCAUGUGCUGAUAGUGACUUAGAGGGUCUAUUAAUAAAUGAGCAAAUCAAUACCCCCAAAUGAGUCCCAGGUUCCUUUCGGUACUCAUUGAAAUAAAAUGGCGGAUAAAUCGUAAGUGGUCGACUCAUUUCGUUUCUUACUUGUAAGUUACUUUUGCGAAGAGCGAUCUGUUUUACACUUUCGAAAACUUAAAUGUAUACUAAUUUCUCCGCUGAAAAAGUUUAAAACACCUUGUUUUUUUUAAAAAAUUAUUUUCUGAGAUUCAUUCACUUGUCCUUGACAACCCACUUGUCCACUGGCCAAAACCACUUGUCUGGGGCAAGUGGACACCGUCUUUGUCGCACCCUGCUUACUAGGCUAAUGAAUUUCUUCAAGAGUCAAAGCUGGGGUUUUGGGCCUUCGCGAUAAUACUUAACUCUCAAUCUUGAGUAACCCUACAGACUUGGAUUUUCCCAAAAGGAAAGAGUUAUGUUACACACUUUUUUUAAUUUCUAUUCGCACUGGAAACUAAAGCAUGGCUAGUUGAGUUGAGUGGGAGCAAAAUGCACGUCAAAACGAAAAUGUUUUCCUAAAACUUUUACAAAUACAAGACAAAUAAUGUAAGGGAUUGCAGACUUGGAAGAGAAAAUACUCUUAAAGUUGCUAGCUCAGAACUCUAUCUUGGAUCUCUCAUUCCAUUUGUAACUGGUGGACACAAAUGUGAACCUUACAAGUUAGUCUAUGGUAUCUGUACUUGGCUAUGCAAUUUUUCAAGUGCUCUUUUGACCACUACAUUUUUUUACUUGUUUUUGAUUUGGAUUAUGAUUUUUGUGUGAUAUUAUUGUGAUACUUUUUAUCAGAUUUAAUAACAAUCGAGUUCUUUUCAUUUCAGGGCUUACCAGGUGAGCCAGGUGCGAUUGGUCCUCCAGGAAUCCGUGGAUUGCCUGUAAGUUUGAAAUAAAUAAAAUAAUGUCCUUAUUUUUUGCUUAAUAUGAUAAUAUUAUUUUAUCCUUAUUAUUAUUAUUAUUAUCUUUUUUUUUCUCAAAUUGCAGUAAGUUGAAGUUUUAAUGAGCAGACUCUGUCCUAAAAAAGAAAUUGAAAAAAACAGAAAGUUCCCUUGUGAGGCUGUGUCAUGGCUGUCUAGUUCAGUUUUGUUUCCCCAUUCCUCCUUAUUCACUAUGGAACUUAACAUUAGCCAAGAAAUUACUUUCAUGUUGAAAUCACAGCUUCAUGUGAAAAAAGUGACCUUUGGGAAAACAUGCACUAAUGAUAAUCCGUUAUAGCUAAUGGCUUUUCUAAGGCUCUAACGGUUUGCCCAAAUGCUCUAACGAUUUAAAAAAGUAAAAUAUGUCUCUCAAGCAUCAUAUCAAUCAUUACAAACAACAAAAAUGAACUUUGAAGAACUGUUAACCUGACAAGUUUUCGAAAAUCACAAUUGCAAUCCAUUUUAACCUUCUUCAAUUUCAUUCAUAGCCUGAAUUUAAUCCGAUUACUUCGAGUUGUUAUUACUCCCUCAGUAACGUCUGAAUCAACCGGCCGUUAAUGCUGUCCAGUGACGUCACUAGUCCUUGACCUUUGCUUUAAUUCAUGCAAAAAGUAAAACACGAUUUUCAAGUGGCCAACCGAGAAAUAUCGUUUGGAAAUGUCUGCAUGUUACAGAACUGCUUUAUUUUUUUUUAUUGUAAUUCAUGUUUAACGUUCAACCUGUGUACUAAAUUCUAUAGUCAAACUCGGUCGCAAUCAUGCAAUGAAAUAAACACACACACAGAACACUUAGUUCAAAAACACAAUGAUUUGCUUUAAUUGAAAAGAAGCUAUUUGGUCCUUAACGAAGAAAAAAAAACAAGGAGACAAGAAAGAAAAGCUGACAGAAUCAUUACAAUUGACGGUAAAAAUAGCAAGAAGGUCAAAUUAUAACAUUGAUCUUAGAAAACUUCGCGUAAACAAAAUCACCGGCCGCCGAAACAACAAAGCAGCUCUAAAUGAAAAACCUACUGCCUCUCCGCAAUGAUUCUUCAUUCGCAGUUCAAUUUAGCAUUUCAGUUUCGAAGACUGGGCAAUUUUGCUGUUUAAGAUAAAGAUUAAGCUUAUCAAAAUGUUUGAAUUAAAAGAAAGAAUGCCAGAGAUGCGAUCCGCUGAAUAUCAAGUGACCGCUAAAAUUUUUCAUAAUUAUACAUAAUUAUGCGAAUGUUUAUACAAUCAACCAAUCAAAAUCACUACCCGGUUUUCGGGUAGUGAGUGACGUCACUGGACAGCAUUAAUGGCUGGUCGAAUCAGACAUUGUUGAGAGGAGAAAAUGACUUGAAGCAAUCAGAUGAAUUUCAGGCUAUUUCGUUCACCCAUGUGUUCUUUUGUAUAAUUAUACUGGGUUAUUUAUUUUCUCUUUUAAAUGUGUUGUGCAAUGGACCAUUCAUGGCCAGUAAGGCAAAAAAUAUGCACCAGAGGUGCACUUUCCUGGGGGCGGGGGAGGGGGGCAGUGGAAUGAGGGAAUGAGGGAAUGCUAUUGUACAGUGUACCCUUCAUAAAUAUUUUUGUUCAACAACUUAGAUUUUCACAUCAUUCAAAGUCAAAAGUAAGUCCCCAGAGGGCGAGCAGGCACUGCGAGAGCCCUGCCCUCAACCUCAUAAGGAGAAAGUCUAUUUAUUUUUAAUAUUAACUUUUCCAGGGCAACCCUGGUGCUCCAGGCGAGAGAGGAUUAGCAGGUCGAGCAGGAUUGAAUGUAAGAUAUUUGUCUUUGUCCAUUAUGGUCAGGUCUUCAUUUCUUUGUGUUGUGGACUGUAAGUGAGUAAUAUUUUAUUUUCUAAGAAUAAUGUUUUGUCAUUUAGGGAACAAAAGGUCCAGCUGGAUUACAAGGCCCACCUGGUCCACCAGGACAAGCGGUAAGACCUCAUAAUCAUAUCUUUCUUGCUAGGUAUUUUUGAGUGGAUAGGAUUGAGAAUGUGCUCCACAGUGCACAUGGUACAUGUACUUACCUUAUUAUAGGAAAUUAACGCCUCUUGAAAUUGAUGCGAAAUUCGCGUUAACUUAAGUUGAGUUAAUUUCUUAUAUUAAUGUUGAUUUCCAUGCUGAACGUUACUUUCCAUUAAUUUGGAUACACUUCUCACAGUCUUACAGUGCGGUGGGGAAAAUCACGAACACUUGAAAUAUCUCAGGAAUUUUUAUUGUGUUAAGACCAAUCACAGCACAGACCGAGACACACGAACUGGUCACAAAAAUAUAAACUUGCAGUUUAGUUUUCUCAUGCCUAAUUGGCUCUUUCCUCGCAACACAAUAACAUUCCAGAAUAUUUGUGGUUUUUUCUUGGUUUUCCUGGUUUGACUGUAACGCCUGUAGACCUGCGUGGUUCGUACAAUGUUGAAAAAAUAAUUCUUGAAUUUUAGUUGGUAGUUGUCUUGAAAAGUCCUUGAAUUCGGGUUAAGGUCCUUGAAAAAUACUUGAUUUCUUUAUUAGGUCUUGAAAUUCCUUGAAAUUCACUACCUUGUCUAUGCCAGGAAUCCGUGAGCAUCUUUGUGAGCAUCUUGUUAGUUUUCUUCAUUUUGAAAUGUUACCUUCUCUUUCUCCUUAAUCUUCUUUAUUUGAAAGUCUUUUUCCACUAAAUUUUUUAUUAAUUUCCAAAACCCUAAUCUCGUGGAGUGUUACUUUACAAUAAUAAGGUAUUCAAAAUUCACAUGUACACUUCAGUGUUUGCCUUUGGAUUUUGGGAAGGCCAGGGGGCAUUCUGACUGUGAUUCUUUAAAUAUUUAUUCAGAAAACACAGGUAAAACAUGCUUACCCAUCUUCAUUUGCCUGUUUCUUAGCAAGUUCAGGAUAUUUAACAAUUAUUGCACAAGUGCACAUUGGAUAUGAGAUGGUAGAUAGCUAAUGAAGCGUGUAGCACCGAGUCCAAGUUGGCCAUAUUCAUCUCAAAUCCAACAAGCGCAAGUGGAAUAAGAUUGUUUUAUAAAAAACGCCCACAAAAUAUCGAGAAUUCUUCCAGACUUCAUUUGUCAAAACAACGAUUUGCAGCUCAUUUUUAAUUUUGAACAGAUGUGUACAGUUACCAUAUUUGGAGAGUAUGGUAUAAUGGCCCAUAUACCAUGAUGGCUAAGCCAAUCAGAGCUCUAGAAUUGCAUUAUUUACUGAUUCAGCUUUUUUAUGAAAAGGGAUGCUUAGUUUAGCAGAUAUUCUUCAAAUGCAGUUUUCAUCCAUUGAGUUGUAUUCUUGCUGUUUUUGCCACGUUUUUAUGCAGUAGUUCAGCCAUUGCUUCUUCGUUAAACAUGUGACAUGUUCCGCCAUUUUCAACUGCUUUACCAAAAUGAUCAAAACAACUCAACCUUGUCCUUUAAGGUUCUCUUCUUUUCCUAAUAAGCUUCUUAUUGAUGCAUCUUUAGGGACCAAAAGGACAACCAGGACCAAAAGGAGAAGAUGGCUUUAAGGGUGAUUCUGGUUUUCCAGGACAGAAAGGACCAAAGGGUACCAGAGGUACAGUGGGUGCUAGGGUAAGCUAUGUUUCGCAGGUUAUAAAAUGCCCCACAGGCAAGGAUGACAAUCACAUUUUUGUCUUGUGAGAAUAAACCUAGCCACAACAUUCCUGAAAAAUGCCUAACAAUCUUCCACUAAACUUGUCUAAAAACUCUUUUUUCAUUCCUAAAAAUCGCAUGAAAAGCUCCAAAAAUUCUUAAAUAUUGAAUAUACAUAUUUUUAAUUAUAGCAUGGGAUAGUCUUUACCAAGUUCAUUGUUCUAAACCCAAAAAUGUGCAUAUUGAUGGCUAAGUAAAUGUCUAUAUAGAAAAUUACUUUAAAAGUAAUCUGGGGAAAUUUAUAAAUGCUCAAGUACAUGUAUGCUUUUACAGUAGGCAAAGUAGUCAAGUUCAAAUAAACUAAAGCUGGAAAACUGCAAAUAGAUUCUUCCAUGGUUUUUUCAACUUUUGACAUGGAUGAUUUAGUGAGAAUUCAUUGUCGCUGCUGAUUUAUUUCAUCACCAAAUCACAACAUUUUAGUGACGUUUGUGUGGGGCUUGUUUGGUGGUUCCUUACAGAAGCUUUGACAUUAACGGGGCUUCUGAUGGAUUGCGGAAAAAAGUCAAAUUUAGUGGGAUUUUUAGGGGACAAAAUCGCAGAAAACUCAGCCGUUUUUGCAGGAAUUUUUAGUGGCAAACUUGGCCGGAAAGCAAUUGGCAAAUAACGGCGGAUUUUGUGGUUAUUUUCAGGGCAAAUUUCGCUAGAAAUCAAUCGGUUUUGUGCUGAUCGGACCAUUGUUUUUGCACAUUUCAGUGACGAAGUUUUGACAUAAAUUUGCGAGUUCAUGGCAAGUAAAUACCCCCAGUAGCUGAGACAAGUUUCAAAAUUGCUGCACAGACAUGUAUUUGAUAAGAUUUCUACCGAAUUUUGCAGCAUUUUGCGUGUUUUUGUGAAUUUCACGGGAUUUCGCGGAUUUACCCCAAUUUCGCGGCUCUGCAACUACGCGAAAUAUCAGAAGCCCUACAUUAAGCAGCCUUGUAAUCAGAGCCUGAAAGUUAUAAUUUUACAAUAUUAAGCAGCCCCAGCCACCUUUUGUCCGUCCCAGUGAGAAUUCCCCUAUUAUAUUUCACCUCUAUAAUGUGGCCACCAAAUGUUUGAUGCACCAUAUGCACACACAGUCAGAGACAGAAAAUGACGACUGGUUGUUGACCUGGAAUGGAACUUUUCAGCUACAGACAUUUGCACCUCAGUUUAAAAUUCACUUGUUAGUCGAGCUUGCUUAAGCAAAGCGAGACUCUUAAAAUGCACUCGUUUUUUUUUUUUCGGUGGGACCUAGUUUGUAGGCCCCGCGUUCCUAGCAAAGACCGUUGAAACUGGGGAUAAGAGUCAUGAUGACUUUCAUUGUAUGGAAAUGAGUCUCGUGAUGAGAAUGCGGUUUUUUUUCGGCGAUGACUGAAAUGACGCAUGUAAGUUUGGCAAUGAUGUAGUUUUCCUCGAAUGGAGGCCCUUGAUUUUCGUGUCAUUAUGCAAGCAGGAUGAGAAAAUAUUGUAGCGGGGAAAUCCUCAGGAUUUUGUGGCUUUUUAAGGCGUUACGUUUCUCAGAAUAUUGUCGCAAUUACAAGAAAUAUACGAUUAAAUAGAUUCACUUUGUUUUAUGUAUUUAAUUGAUAGAUUUUCGCAGUUGUUAAGAUGUGAAGCCGUGAUGCACUUCAUAAAUACUUGAGGUAUCAAGUGUUCACUGUCACGUAAUUUUUACGUGUACACGUGCAUAAAAUUUUCGUUCGCAAAUAAAAUAAAGGCAAUGUAUGAAAGGCCGCACGUACAAUUAUGUAAGCGUAAAAGUAGAAACUCACUUAAUUUGACAUUUAAUCUCAAUACUUUAUGUCUUACCUCUAUUUGAUUUUCGUGAUUAAAAUUUACGUACGUUAACGUGCAGGGCCAAAAACGCAUCAGUGGAAAUCCACCCUAACGUGUCACGGAUUGUUUAUACGGGUAGCUUUGACUUCAUGUCCAUAGAAUAGAAAUCCCAUAUCGAGCUCUUCCGGAACGGGUUGGUCCAAGAAUUCUGUGGCUUGAAAGUGUUGAUCAUUUUGGAACAACUGAUCACUUCAGUGGUUGAAAAAAAAAAAAGAAUAAUCUUAAUGAGCAAAACUUCAAGGUUUACUGGAAAAUCAGGAUCGAGGAUCGGUUAAAAAGAACUUGAAAAUAAAAUAAAUAAAUAAAUGAAUCGUGGAUCAGUGGUGAUGUGGGCCGCAGACUGUAGAUAAAUUUCACAGAACAUAACCCCGUUCGCUGUACUGAACACUAAAUUCAAGUAAACUAAUCCGAGUCUGUCUGAGUCAGUGAUUGUUUGACGGGAAAGUGAAAUUUUCCGGGAAAAUGAAAUGCUUUAUCCCAGUGAUACUGUAAUACAAGAAAAAACUUUAACAGUUUUUAAUUUUUAAGUGUACAUUUGCUUUCAGUACUCCUUAUUUUUCUUGUUAUUGUUGUAUGCACGACUCCACCUGCAAUGCUGAUCUUUUCAUCGUGCUGUAAACUAAGGUUGUUACCUACCUACCUACCUACCUACCUAUCUAUCUAUCUAUCUAUCUAUCUAUCUAUCUAUCUAUCUAUCUAUAUAUCUAUCUAUCUAUCUGUCCAUCUGUCUGUCUGUCUGUCUGCCUGUCUGCCUGUCUGCCUGUCUGUCUGUCUGUCUGUCUGUCUAUCUGCCUAUCUAUCUAUCUAAAAUGCAUGCUGUGUACAACUCUAAACAUUGUACUCUGAGACUGUACGGAGAUAUUAAAAGUAGAUACUAAGCAGCUAUGGAAAAUGUCAUUACUUUCACGCAAUAUUGAUAUCUUAUAAAAUGGACAACAAAUUCAGCAGGAAUACGCGUGAACUGAAUUAAGUGUGUGUUGUAUAUAUAAGGUUCUGUUAAACUUACACUUUUUUCCUGUGCUGAACAUAUACUGUACCGAGCCGUAUCUUGGUCUGGUACAAAGAAGCUAUGUAUGUUUAUACUGACAGAGUCAUGGGCCCCUGAUACUGAUAAAAUCAUCGUUCAAUUUUUCGAGUGUAAAAUCCCUGAAAGAGUAUUCCUCAAUGGAGCAAUAUCAAUAUGUAGAAGGUUUUCAAAGGUUUCACACCGGUUUGAGGCUACGAUGUGCGGCCUGUCUCUCCUUGCACUUUUUCUUUCUGAGUAUAUACAUUUACGACAUGCAACACUCAUUUGCCAGGGGGAGUAUUCCAAACGAAAAAGUAGUAUAACAGCACCAGGGCCUUUGACAACAAAACUCAUCUGGUCUCAUCUCCAAGCAAGCGAGACUCAACGCUACUAAGAGUGUUCUUGUUUGUUGAAAUACCCCAGUAGUUUUGUUCAGUAGUAGAGAUUUCUCUUGUAAGAAAGUUGUGAGUACCUCUAAAGGUGUUUGUUUCAGAGUAAAGUAAAGUUUCCUCUGAAGGUUGUGCUAAUUUCUGACGAAGGUGUAUUCAGCAGCCAACCUCCACUGAGCAGUCAUUUGCCGUUACCCUAAGGGUUGUUCCACUUAAUAGAGGUUCAACUGUAUUGCUGCAAGUGAAAAUUUUAACCUAAUGUUGCUUCCCCCAACAUUUAGGGUGACCAAGGAUUUGCCGGUGAGGCAGGACGUAAUGGAACUGAGGUGGGUAUAGGGAAAUGUCAACUGGUAAUAUAAAGAUCAUAUACCCCCAGAAUCUGUUAGCCAAUAUUUGACAAACAGAUCACCAACAGGCCACCAGACAUUGGCCGAUACCAUUCGCCACUUUAGAGACAAGAAGAAAGUUGGGUCGAGUAAGGUUUUGCCAAGGCCUCUACAACUGUUGCUAGGGACAGCAAAAAAUAGUCAGCCAAUACAAUAGCUGACCAGCAGGUCCCCAUUGUUUAACGCGUGCGUCGCAAGUGGAGGUUGGGUGCCCAUGGGCCAGGGGGCUGCAACCGCAAUACACCCCAAGGCGGAAGAACACCCACAGGCCUACAAUAGCUGACCAGCCCCCAGGUCCCCACACUGAGGCCAGAAGCCCAGUGUUUUAAAAUCCAACCCCUAAAAACAAAUAAAUAAGAAAGAAAGCGGAGGGAGGGAGGGGAACCAAGGAUGCACUGGACGCCACGCUAGUUCUCAAACCCAACGUAGGCACGUUUUUAUAAAGACAAAAAUGGUAAACGCUAUAACCGCCAAACAUGUCACGCAAAAUGACCAGACUAAAGAAUGUAAAAACAUGUAUGUCUCCUAGAAAAUUAUCGGAUGCAUGUCCACUGUAUAAUGAAUGCAAAUCUUUGAUGAUUUAAUGUACAAUAUUAUCUCAUAGUCUUCUUGAAUGCAAGAAAUAUUGUAUUUACAUCAAUUACAUGUUAAAUUGAAUGUAAACAAAGUUGUUUACCUCAAGUCAAACUCAUGCUAUGUACAUUCUUUUUUUUAAAGAAGAUUCACUGUAUAAACUUAAUGCAUUUAUGAGCAUGAACAAUAAAAUAUUUUAAAUUUUUGUUCAUCAUUUUUAGGGAGCAGAAGGUGAACAAGGAGAACCCGGGCCUGAUGGCGCUGCUGGACCUACAGUAAGUUACUGAACUUAAAAGUAUGGUGUGUCACCGCUUGUUGCUAUGCAGACUCCUAUCCAGCCAUGCUUGGUGUUGUCAUGAAACACUUACUCAUUCUGUGUUGUUUGCAGUCUGUUUUUAGCCACCCUGUGCUGUUUGCAGUUUGUUGUUAACGACUCUGUGCUUCUUGUAGUCUGUUGGUAGCUUCCCUGUGUUGUUUGCAGUCUGUUGUUACUGCCCCUUUGUUGUUUGGUAUCCUGUUGUUAUUCCAUGGUCAUCAUUUUCUUUAAUAGUAAUGAUAGAAGGAAGACCUGUUUGCCAUUUUGUUGAUAACUCUGUGUGUAAACUGUAUAAUGGGACUAAGGAACGCUUAAUAACCACCAGGAGAACUUAAAGAGCCCCCCCCCCCCCACUCAUUGACGAAGUGCCCUCCUUAAUCCUUGUUGAUUUUUUUUUUUGACAGGGCCCCGCUGGACCAAAUGGUGCAGCAGGACCAGCAGGCCAGCCAGUGAGUUUGCUUUCCUUGGCUUUUUAUAUUAAACAGUAUUAGAUGAGGCUGAGUUUGAUUUGAAGAAUUAUGCAAAUGGGGGAGAAAGUUAUCCACCAGUGUCUUCAAUAUUAGCAGUUUUUGCUUGCUAACUUUUUGGCACUUGAUUUUCCAGUUAAUUCCGUGAGUUUGCCGGCUACUUUUGACAACCCUGGAAAGCCAAUUAAUAGUUCUUGCCUAGCAAUAAAAUCUUAACUGGUCCUGAAUGUAUUGGAAAGGACUUUCUUUCGAGCCUUGGUUAUUCUGUGGGGCCCAAUCUUCUGUCUAAAGGCAAAGUACUUUAAGGUCGGCACAACAGCUUGGCAUAAAGUGAAGUGCUGGCUGGAAAUCCUCCUCUGUAGGGAUCUUCUUUGCUAUAGAUUGUUACAUGAUCCAUGGUGGUUCUUUAACGGGUCACAAACGAGUGCUGCGAGAUGUGCUCUUUCCCUUUCUCGUCCUUUUCCAAAUGUCUUAGCCAUGAACUGCAUUACCUCAACAGGGACCUCCUGGUGUUCCGGGAACAGCUGGCGCCCCAGGAGACCCAGGUGAAAAAGGAUCGCGAGGGGACCCAGGAGCGGGAGGAGAACCUGGAAAACAGGUUUGUGCAUAACGUGCAUUACCUACAAUGUCACCACCCUCAGAAUGUGUGUUGUCAAGGCAACAAGGGUGGCACAUUGGCGAGAGUACUCACCUCCCACCAGUGUUGCCUGGAUUUAAAUCCUGGCGUCGACCUGACAUCAUUUUGUGGAUUGAGUUUUUUAUUUUUUUCUCUCCUUUGCCCUGAGAGGUUUUUUCUCCAGGUACCUUGGUUUUCCCCUCUCCUCAAAAAACAAAUUCCAGUUUGACCAGGAAUUGUAGACAAAGAAUCACUAAGUUGACGUGCUACUUUUAAAUCAUUCUUUAUUUUGUUAUUUUAUUUGCUUCAUAGAGGUUCUUUUUAAAAGGAUUUCAAGUUCACUUCUUUGUUGUUUAUAAAUUGUGUUACUUUCUUGACCUUGUUCAUUAAGCAGUGAUAGCUGAAGAUGAGAUACCUGGCUUUUAAGGAUUAAUAUUCAAUCCAAGGCUCUCAGUUGUCUUUUUAAUUUUUUUUUCUGCACAUACAGGGUUUACCAGGUCAAAGAGGCCCUCCAGGUCCCUCAGGAGAGGCUGGUGCAGAUGUAAGUUAUGUUGUUAUUUCCAGCUUAUUGUGUCUCUGUUACCUUAAGUAAGUCGUUGCUGUUUAUUCUUCUCUCGCCUUCAGUGCUGUUAUGCACUCUCAUUGAAGAGGCCUUACAAGAAAUGGAAGGAACAGGCAACAUUCUGUUAUGUUCUUUGGGACAGUGUCUAAUUAUUAGAUUGUUCAAGAUCGGUCCCUCAGGGGAGAAAAGUUAGCAACGAUUCAUCACAAAAAUUUACAGAGAACCGACAGCAACAUUUUCAUCCUAGCUAAAAUGCUACAGCCAAAUUUUUCCCUUACCCAGCAACCAGGCAGUAGGCAGUCUCAGAAAUCACCACGAAAGUGACAGCAUAACCCCCCCUUCCCUCCCCUUGGAAGGUCUCACUGAACUUUACAUCAUAAUCUCAAGCCCAAGGGUGUCCACAUACAGUAGGAGCUCAGGGAAUGUCAUAACCUACCGGUACAUGAUAUUUGGCUCUUUGUACAGGUGUUGCCUUGUUUUACUUAAGGAAAAUGAAAAGUUAACUCUGAUUUUUAUGUCCACAUGUUAUAUUUAGGGUUCCCCAGGUAUGGAUGGUGGAGAAGGACAGAAAGGAGCACAGGUACAAAAGCGAAAAGAGAUACAUUGUGUAAUUUUAUUAUUGAGUGAAAUAAUGAUAUUGUUUUAUAAAAAAUAUUGAGAAUUCUUCCCGAAUUUAUUUGGAAAAACAAACAAUUUUCAGCUUGUUUUUCAUUUUGAGAAGACGCGUACAAUUGCCAUAUUUGGAGAGCAUGGUAUGAUGUCUCAUAUACCAUGAUGGCUGCAAGAGCCAAUCAGAGCUCUAGAGUUGCUUUAUCCAAUGAUUCAGUUUUUAAUAAAUUAUGUUUUAAUUAUAUUAGUAUUUCACACAUCAAGUUAAUGUCCCUUUGCCGGAUCCAUUUACUGUUUUUGCAUGCUAUUGCAGAGGACUAAACAGCAUGAGUUACAAGCGAGAGGAAUCAGCUAUAGAUGUAAUUUCACACUAGAGCAAUUAAGUUUAUCUUUCAUUACAGGGUGAUGCAGGACCAAUGGGCCCACAGGGAAUGCCAGGGCGUCCAGGAGCACCGGUAUGGAGAAAAAAACAUUGUUCAGUUGUUCAAUGAGCAGUCUAGUUUCUGUUGCCCCAAGUUAUGAAAAUAACUUUUCAGUGAUCUGGGUUUUCUAUAGGCACUGAUGACCAACAAAAUACAUCAGCUAAUAAUUGCUCAUAGAAGUCAGCUACUGUUUUUCCUGAAAGAAGAAGCAAAUGUUGUUAUUAAAGGGGCUAUGUCACCCCACCGAGAAACAAAAAAGUUGGCCCGUCUUUUUCAAGUUCUUAUUUUUUAUUUUCAUAAUCGCUCGAUAGUUAGCGUGAACUGGUUUACAGAAUAAUUUUUUGUGAAAUUGUUUGCCUGUGGAAUGUUUUUAUUUUACUGUGUCCUCUUAUCAGCGGCCGUUGUAAUGGCAGAGUUAAUGACGGCUAUUUUUCUUCCCUAUAGUUCACACCUUUCUACUUUUUUUAGAGGUUUGGCUCUUGUUUAAAGUAUGCAUAAUGAAGCGGCUAUCAAUUUUUGUUCACAUGCAAAUAUAUGUAAUUUAAUUAAAAAAUUGUCAUUUGUUAAAAGAUAAACACGACCGCUUGGAGAUUGUUCUCAACGGACUUAGAGAGGCACCUGAUUAGAUCCUGUUAAUGCCAUGUUUUUAACUGUUUGUGUUCGAGCAUAAAACUCAAGACUUUCCCUUUUAUCAACAGACUGCUUAAGUGGCCUUUUGGUUCUUCUUUAAUGAAAAACAAAGACUUGAUGUCUCUUGUUCUAUCAGCAUCUAAAUUAUAAAAUCACUAGCGACAACAAGUCUAAUUGUUAAUGAUUUGAAACAGUCCUCAGAUCACUGAAACAACUUCGAUUUAUUUUGUUGAAUAAGACAAUAUGUUGUUGUUGAAUUUUUGUUUUGCUCACUAAAGAAUGGCUUUUUUUUAAAAAACUUAUAUAAAAUUGUUUUUAUUCUUGAUCUAGCAUAACCAGAGAAGAAACGUUCCGUAAAUUGUAUCGAAAAUCUAAACCCCCAACCACCCCCUCUCCCUUGGAUGUGACAGAACAUGGGGUUUGUCAGAAUUUUGACAGUUGAAAGUAUUCAAACCUUUGACAGUUUAAUUUGCAUAACCUCAGAGCGCAUUUUCCAGCUGACAUAGCCCCUUUAACGUCAGAGAAAUUUUCCCAAUUUUUCACACGUUUUUAUUUGUUUAUGCAGAAUUUGUUCACAUGCAAAUAUAUGUAAUUUAAUUAUUGUCAUUUGUUAAAGGUUCAAAAAAUAAACCUAAACCAAAAAUGAAAAACGCGCCACACACUUCCCCAGAUCACUGAAAGUGGCACUUAAAGGCUUUGAAAUUUUAUGUUGUUCUAGGGAAAAACAUGUUUGUCCUAAUUUUUGCGAAACCCCUGAGCGUCCUUUUCAAUGUUCUUUUAUUAUGUUCUUUUUAGUUCUGUUUGUGUGUUACCCCUUGAAAACAAAAUGAAAAUAGUUUAUGUUCAAAAAUAUUGAAAAAGUAGAUCAAAUACACAAAGCAUAUCACCAUGGGACAGUAUUAAAUACACAGACAAUUUAAGCUAUGUCCACAUUCAACACAUAGAUUGGCCUUUUCACACAUUUAAAAAUAACAUUCACAACAUAUUGGGCCACAGCACUGAUGUCAUCCCUGCUUGAGAAUAUUGGGCUUAAUUAGAGAUCAUAGCUGCUCACGUUACAUUAGGUCAAUUUCCAAGGCUUGGACAAAGGUCACUCAUGUUUAGUGUAAGUGUUUAUAGUCUCAGAAUACCAUUUAGAGUGUUUAAGUUAACUUUCUGUUUAUAUUUCAGGGAAAAGCUGGUGAUGAUGGUUCAGCAGGCCCUCCUGGUUCACAGGUUUGUAAACAGUGGCUUCUGCUGCUGCAACACUUUGCAGUAACCCCUCCUUAUCAUGAGCCUGCAUGGCAGACAUCGAAAGGGGAGGGGGGAGGAAGGAAAAGGCAGAGGGAUUUGGGAAAGGAAUGUCUGUUGUGCUCAAUUACAGUAUCAUUUGUUAUGUAAAAGCAUCUCAACUUGGCUAUUUCCAAAAGUAAUUGCCCUCACAGGGAUUUUGCCCUGGUUUUCUGGUUAGGUUUUAGGCUGUACAUGUCAACUUUUUUCAGGGAUCAGUGUUUAAUACAGGAAGUUCAUUGGAAAAACCUAGGUUUGGAUUUAACACUUGUUGAUUAGCCAUAUUCAGAUUCUUGAACAGACCGUUUACGUUCACAGCUCUUUCCACAAUUCUUAUUUUUAAGGGGUAAUUUGAUUUGAUGAUUUAUUUAUUUGUUCAUUAAAUGUUUUUUAGGGUGACAAUGGACGACCUGGUCCCCCUGGACUUCCUGGUCAGACUGGUGAAAGGGUAAGUUGCAUUCUAUUGGGUAUUCUAUACAAAUAACAACAACAACAAGCCAUAAUACCUACAUACAAAUUCUUCAGACUGUUCUCUGUAUAGAGCAUUUUCACUCACGUGGUCAGCAUCUAUGCAAAUUUGUGGGAACAAAAAGAAAUUGUUUGCGUGGAAAAAGAGCCCAACUCCCAUAGGAUUUGUUUGGAACACCAACAUGGCUGCCAUGUCACUGUUUUGGAACACCAAUAUGGCCACCAUGACAUCGUGUGAAAACGCCCUAUAUUUCCUCAAAGAAUUAGUGGAGAGAAAUAUUAUUGACAAAAGAUAAAAGCAAUUUUCCUUUUCCGUCUGUUCAUAGUUUUGUCUUUGUAGGGCUGUGCAGAUUAUAGUGAAUAAUGCCUUGAGGGAUCUAAUCACAUACAUGUAGUAGCUAUGAUCAUAGUGACACAUUUGUCCUUUGUGUACCUUUUUUUUUUAGGGAGAUCCUGGAGCCGCUGGUGCUCCUGGACCACGUGGACCUCAAGGACGACAGGUGAGUAAGAAUCAAUAAUUAUCAUCCCUCUCAGUGUGCAAAAAAAGUCAUGUCCAAUUGCCUGCAGCUAGUGGAUUUUGUUAUCGGGCUAGUGAAUUCUGGUUUUAACUUACCCGAUGGGCAAGUGAAGUUUUGGUUUGGGGAAUUCAUAUUACAGAAGAACUGUAAUCAAUCCUGCUCAACAAAAAUUUUCUGGGGACGAGUUGAAAUUUUCGGGCUAGUACAUGUUAGCUAUAGCUUGCUUGAAUGGUAAGCUGUAAAACUGACUUUCUUUGCUUACUACCCUGUAACUCAAAGAGGUUGAAUCAUUAUUAACCUGAAAUCAUAUUUGAUCUGUAAAAUGUAGGUGUAUAGUUUCCAUACCCUUGCGCUUGUCACUUAGAUGUAACAGAGCAGUCCUUUCUGCUAUAAACUAGUAAUAACCAAAGGUUAGGGAAUACGGUCAGAUAGACAAGGUCAAAAUGCUCUUGACCUCUGUGCUGUGCUUUGGUACCGUUAAGUGUCACAUGAUAGGUCAAAUUGCACAUGAUCAGAUUACAAGUGGUAGCAAGUCAAAGUGCACGUUACCAGAUUGCAUUAUAUACAUUCCUUUCAUUCUUAGUGGAAGUCCAAAUAAACACUAGCUACAUAAGUGUUUCUCAUGCAUAAAAGCAACCUGGAGAUUAGAAUUGUGGGCUGUCCUGGAAACCCACAAUUAUGCUGGAAAGUUUGCUUUUAAUUUUAAUAAGAGGAGAGGUUUUUCUCCGGGUACUCUGGUUUUCCCCUCUCCUCAAAAACCAACAUUUCCAAAUUCCAAUUCGACCAGGAAUCAGGUAGACGAAGAACCACUAUGUGGAUGUGCGACCUCCAAAUCGUUAUUUAUUUUAUUUAUUUAUUUAUGUUUGUCCAAGAAGGAGACCUUGAAACACUAGAACAAAACUGGUCCUUCAAAGGUCAUUAAAGAAAGAUCAUAAUUUCCUUAUGUCCAAACCCCUUUUUAGUUAGGAAGAGAUGUUAUAGUGAUACUCAGUGUUGCGUUGUAUUUUGUUUCUAGGGAAGACGUGGCAAGCAAGGACAGAUGGGUGCAGCAGGAGCACAGGGUCCCCCGGUAAGAAAUAUCCGCAUACAAAUUCCUCUAACUGAUCUCUAUACAUUUCCUUACAGUAUGAGUUUGGGGAAUUUGAUAAAAGAUUAGAGAAUCUUUUUCUCUGAUGGUCAUUUGAUCAAUAUUCACAGCCUUUCUUGAUAGACCUUUUCACGUUUUCUUUUUUGUUUUAUUUUCAACUUUUGACAUGGACAAGUUAGGGAAGAUCCAUCAUCACCACUGAAAAGAGCUCCUUGAGAUUAGUAAAAUUGCUUGGUUUGAAAGUGAUUUGUUGAAAAACUAACAAAGAUAUAGCUCCUCAAAGUCGCAAAGUUUUGCAGACAUUAAGGGGACACAAACUUGCCCUCCACCAUACAAACGUCUGUAAAUUUUCAGAGCUAUACAUUCGCUCGCAUGAGACAUAUCAUUUUCAAAUUUGGCAAUUUUACUAACGUUAAGGUGCUCUUUCCUGUGAUGUUGAUGGAUUUUCCCUAACUUGUCCAUGUCAAAAGAAAAACAGAUGCCACCAGUCUUAAGUGAAACAUUAUUUUGGUGUUACUAAAAGCCUGAUGCUCUCUGUUUCUGUGUAGGGUGAUACUGGUCCACAAGGAGCAAUGGGACCCCCUGGAACACCUGGAACUGAUGUAAGUAUUGUAUUAGGUGGAUUUCAUGGUUGCCGUGACCCUUUGGCUACAUGUACUUCCUCCCCUGUAUCAAGGGGUAGAAUUAAUGGUAAAGAUACUGUGCAUGCAUAUGCAAAGAGACAUUUUGUGUUUCAAGAAUGCCUAUUUUAUACGUCCAAUUAUCUACUCGCGAGAAGACACCUAACUCGUUACGAACAAGUAUAGUAUGGCUAAAUACAUGACUGUAUUAGUAAUACUGUAAUUCUUACUGUAAAAUUCUAGAUUUUUUGCAGCUUUGAGAUAUUGUUUUAUUUUUCUUUGAUGUGCUGGACCAUAAAGGAGAACAAUACUACAAUCUGUUAAUGUAACUAUGAUGGAUUUGGGGUUCUUUUGGCCAAGAAAACUGGACUGAAAGUUUAUUCAUGUUUCAAUGUUUUAAUUCGUUGAUGUAAAGGCACUCAAUAAAACGUUAAUUAUUAUGUUCUUCAUAUUUUUCUUUUGAGUUAUUUACGAGUUUUUAAAACACAGGGUCAAGCUGGUGAGGCUGGAUAUAAUGGACAGGAUGGAUUGAAGGGAGAAAGGGUAGGCAAUAUUGAGUUAUUUUUUGUUAACUUGCACUAACACCCCCCACCCCCAUCGCUUAAGCAUCUUUGCAGCUUAAAAAUUAGUCUCCCAGGUGGCUGUGAAGGAGAGUAUUAAUUGAAGAAGACUGGCUUUUCAUUUUAAUGAGACCCUGCCAGGGGGAGGGGGGUCCCAUGUCGCCAGUCUGAAUUUUAAAACAUCUCAUGUCGGUGUUUAUAAAUGUCCAUCGCUUAUUGUUGGCUUUGCCGUCACUGUCACUAUUUGGCCGAGGGAGGUUGUCUCUUGUCGUGAUUUCAUUUUACAUGCUGUCGCUACUUUUUGGGCCAUGUCACUUGUCGGUAUUUACCCUGGCAGGGCAUCUUUAAUACUUCCUUCUAUUUAAUGCAACACAUGCCGCAAGGUCUAAAUUAAGGACAGGGAUAAAGAAGACGCAGUCAAAAAUAGGAAUUUUGAGAAUUUCACACACAAGUUCAAAGCUUGACCGGGAAAGCCGGGAGCUUCACAAAGGCCAACUUGAGGGAAAUAGCAGCUAUUAAUUUACUGACAAGGUUUGGUGACUGAGUCGAGUGAACAGUUGUUUGAAAUGUGGCCCAGAGGUUUAUCAUUUGUUUGUAUCUGUAUCAUGCUAAGGUUUUGUCAUUAAAUUUUUGCAUGAUUUUGUUAUCAUUUUUUGAUAUGUUUCUUCUCAAUUCUGUGUGUUCACCCAUUCAGUGAGCACUAUUCAAUAAACCUUUGAAAUUUCACAGCUUGCGUAAAGUUUCUUGCCAUACAUACCUUUUAAUGGAGAUGUAAACCAAAGUCACCGCAAAAUGGGAACUGAAAUAAAGCCAAAAAUCGAUAACAAUAACAAGAGGAAAAUCAUAAAACCGAAUAUUUUUAUCUUGUGGAAAAAAAGUUAUGCUUUUUCAUGUAGACUGUAGAUCACAAAUUAGGAUCGUCUGUUUAAAGUCUCAGUGCAGUCAAUGAGACCCAUAGGCAGUUGACUGUCUGGUUUAGUAAAAUUAUUGUUUUCAUACAAAGUACAUUAUUCCUAUCUAGUGUAAGCAGCCCAUUGAAUUUACCUUUUGGCGAGUCUACCUGGUCUAGCAGUGAAGAAUAUCUUCCAUCCAAUUCUACCAACUGAUCUCCAUACAUUUCCUUGAAGAAUUUGUAGAGUGAAUUUGAUAAAGAUCAAAGCAUUCUCCUUUUAGUGAUCAUGUUAUUACCGUAGUUCUCAUAAUCUUUUCCCCUGAGAUGUAUUGAUAUUGUAAGGCGAAAGUUGAAGGGAUAAAAUAUUUCUUCCUUUGUGCAGGGACCUGAUGGCGUUGCAGGUGAAGACGGAUUACCCGGCCCAAGGGUUAGUUUCAUAUAAAGUUUGAUUUUGGGAAUAUCAGCUCUUUCUUGUGAAGCUUAUACAAAGCCUGGUUGGCAACUCUUCUUAGAAUCACUGGUACCUUGUACAGGUCCCAAGGAAUGGUGAAAAAUAAUAAUAAUAAAAAACCUUAAAAUCCAGCUUGUCCCUUGGGCAAGCAGCUCUCACAUUUUUGCUUGCCCAGGCCCACUUGUCUUAGAGCGCUUUCUAUUUGUCAGAACUGACUGGCCAGACCAUUCGCGUCGUAAUGAGAAUCAAAACUAUCCAGCCAGACCAGUCAAAUCCUAAAUAGCAUGCAUGAAGGAGAUUAUUUUUCAGCAAAAAAAUGACUGGUCUGGCUGGCAAGUUCUGACUUUUGGAAAGUGGCCUUAGUGAAUGAUUUAGUUUGAGGAUGACAAUUUCUUGGACGGUUGUUCAUUGGGCAAGGAAGCUUGAAAAGUUACUUGCCCAGCAAGAAAAUCUACUUGUCCCGGAGGACUGGAUGGGAAAUUUUUUUGAGCCUGGAGGUGGUAGCUUUUGCAAAUUUCUUGAUUUCCAAAUUUCUCUUGGUGAUCAAACAUGCUUAAGUUGUAGUUAAUUUUUUAUCUCAGGUAAUUUCUGGUUUUCUUUUGUUUCUGGGUAUGGUAAUGUAUGCUAAUGAAGUUUAAACAAAAGAAAAACAAAAAUUACCUGAGAUAAAAAAUUAACUACAACGUAAUAUAUUAAGUAAGUAGAGGUCCCAAACCACAGUGUAAGAUUAAGUUGUGUUGUAACCGAACUUCAAAGGAAAUUGUCAACCAAAGUAAGCAUUCCUCAAGACCUUUCAAAUAAAAUGUCUUGUUAAAAGUUCUGAUUCUGUUUUUAAUUUCAUUUGCACCCCGAUCAUGAGAAUAAAGCUAGUAGUAAUCUCAGAUUAGGAAGUACAUUUGAGCUUUUUUAGGUUAAUUGUCAAAUGUGACAUUAUUUCCGAAUAAAUUCAUGCUGCAUAACGCUUUCUAUAUGUUUUUUUAAAAAGAAACAAAACAAAACAACUACAAAAAAAAGAAAAAAGAAUCAUGUACCCGGCAGGAGUCGAACCGAAACUUUCAACGUGUUAUGGUAACGCAUUAUCCAUUGCACCACACAACCAUUGCUGAGGGCGUAUGUCAAAUUAAUUGUAUUUAACGUUUUGUGCCCGGCCAGAUCAAUUAUUCAAGAUGGUGCAGAAAAUGCAGACGUAUGACAAAAUGAGUACCACAAAAGGUCACCCUUGAGAACCUCAGGAAUCCCAAGUUUAUGUGUUGCGUUCUCCUAAUGUUGAAUGCAAUAAUAUGGUAACUGUUAUGUUAUGUUAAACAAGAUUCUUUGUUCAUCUCAGGGUGCUCCAGGACCUCCCGGUUCCCCUGGAUCAGAAGGCAGAGAUGGAGAUAAGGUAAAGUGAUAAAUACAUUGUCGAUCUGGCCACAGUUGUACAAACAUUGGAUAGUAGUAUCCACGGGAUAAAUCACUAUUUAGCAGAUAAAGUAAUUGGCUUCCCUAAUGCUUAUCCGUCGGAUACUGAUUUAUCUGGUGGAUAGCGCUAUCCAACAUUUGAACAACCGGGGCCUGAUCUAAGAGCAGGGAAGAAUUCACAGAUGUAAACAGAAGAGGUCAAAGGGAAACAAAUAUGCAGGGCCCGGUUCCCAAAAGGGCGAUUAGCGCUAACGUGGGAUUAAAAAUUAAUUUGUUUGACUUUUGUGUUUCCACCUUCCUAUGCAUUGCUUAGAGUAACAUUUUGUGUUAUCAUUUCUUUUUUUGUAAGUAAUGGCAUAACACUAUUUUUGUUUUCUCAAGUUACAUGGUUCUUAGACAAGAAAACCUUACUUAAAAUUGGGCUUAAUCCUGGGUUAACCUUGACCAUCUUUUGAGUAACAGGGCCCAGGUGUUUUAGUAUCGGGAAAGUUAGAUGUUGGUGACACCGCUGUUAUUUUUUCUUCUGUAUGGGCAGGAUGGAUUGUUAAGGUGCACUUUCCAUUUUUGUUUGUCAAAGCUGGGUUGGUCUAUGUUGGAACCAGAUGUCCAGACCAAUGAAUCAAAUGUUUUUCUUUAAAUACUAGAAUUUAACAUUAUAGUAAACAAAAGAUAAUUUUUACAAUGGUAUGUGUUGGAUAGGCUUUGCAAUUUGAACAAAAGGAAGAAAAGACUUACUUUAAAAAAUGCAAACCAAAGGUCCUCACGCCUUUCUGCUUGUCUUUAUCAGGCAACGGUUUCAAUUUGGUCUGCGGGACUAUAAGGAGAAGAGUGAUUUUUUGUGAAAGAACCAAGUCCAUUUAAAUGCUCAUUCUUCAUGUUGAAUUCGUUUGUGUGAACAAAAUUUUGUUGUCCAUUUGCACAAAAUUAAUGAAAAGCAGAUUGAUCCAUGCCAGGGCAAGAAGAACUUAAUGGAGAGUUUUGCAUAUGAAGUGUGCUUUGUUGUUAUGUAAUGGAUCCUAACUGAGAUUGUCAAAAGAGCUGUACAUAAUGGAUAAUAAUAAUGACUCCAGUCUCAGUUGACUCUUCACACCUUAGCUGCCUGGAACUGCCUUGUACCUGCACAGACUUCUAACUUGUGCCAGAAUCAAAGAGAUCUUCCAAAUCAGGGAGGCAAGAUAGAGUGACAGCUGUACAUUGGAAUUAUGAGCAAAAACCUAUCAUGGUGCUUUAUUUGCAAACAACAUUUUGGGUCAUUUGAGGAUGGUGACCAGAAAAAACCUUGACUAUCUUUUAUCUACAUUUUUUGUUAAAAUUUGAAUGAGCUAACAUAGGCACAAGAAAAAUGGAACCUAUUAUGACAGAAUCCAUCAGGAAAUUGAGUAAUUUUAAUGUUCAGUGGACAAGAACCUUUACCAGAAUAUUUUAUGCCAUAUCGCAUUCUUUUUUACGCUUGUCAAGGGCUAUAAUAGUAAUUAGUUAUCUGUAAUAACACCAAAGACAAUUUCUUAUGGGAGCCACAGAAAAUAAAUUUCAAAGUUCACAGGAAUUGAGAAAGCACAGGUAAAAACAUCAUUCGUAAGAUUUCAUUUAGUGAAAGUUAAAGCUUUUGAAGUUUGUUUUGUCAAGCACCCAUAAGAAUCUAAUCUUUGGAGUUAUUUCAUAUAAGUUAUUACAAUUUAUAGCCCUCAAAAAGUGUAAAAAAAGAAUGAAAUAUGCUUGAAGUUAUUCUGGUACAAGGUUUUUGUCCACUUUAAAUUAACAUUACUCAAUUUACUAAUGGACUCUGUCUUAAAAUGUAUAGGUAAAAGUAGAAAGACUGAGCUCAAACUAAAUCGUGAUUAAUUUUGAGCAAAAAGACAAAAAGUUAACAUGUCUAAUUAUUGUCUUUCAUUAGGGUGCUAGGGGAAAAGAUGGCGAAGCUGGUAAAGCAGGACCACCGGUAUGUACCAUGAAAUAUUUUUUUGUUUUUGCAAUAACUGUAACAAAUUCUUAUGCUCCCACUGGCUCGGAUUAAGUCAUGCUUCCUGCCUGGCUUUUCUGAGAAUUUUGACUUUGAAAUGGCUUAAAGCUAACAGUUUGUAAAUGUGCCAUUUGAACCUCGUGCAUAAAUUUGACUACAGUCGACUCCGUCUUAGCAGACACCUCUUUUAAGUAGUUUGUUUAUAAAACUCUCUUUAUUUGACUCUCUAUAAGAUGGACACCCCUGUAAAACAGACACCUAGAGUUAGUCCCUGCCUUUCUUUACUCUCUUUAUUGGACUCUCUAUAAGAUGGACGCCCCUGUAAAACAGACACCUAGAGUUGAUCCCUGCCUUUCUUUACUCUCUUUAUUGGACUCUCUAUAAGAUGGACACCCCUGUAAAACAGACACGUAGAGUUGGUCCCUGCCUUUCUUUACUCUCUUUAUUGGACUCUCUAUAAGAUGGACACCCCUGUAAAACAGACACCUAGAGUCGGUCCCUGCCUUUCUUUACUCUCUUUAUUUGACUCUCUAGAUAAGACAGACACCUGUAAAACAGACACCUAGAGUUGGUCCCUGCCUUUCUUUACUCUCUUUAUUUGACUCUCUAGAUAAGACAGACACCUCUGUAAAACAGACACCUAGAGUUGGUCCCUGCCUUUCUUUACUCUCUUUAUUUGACUCUCUAUAAGACAGACACCCCUGUAAAACAGACACCUAGAGUUGGUCCCUGCCUUUCUUUACUCUCUUUAUUUGACUCUCUAUAUAAGACAGACACCUCUGUAAAACAGACACCUAGAGUUGGUCCCUGCCUUUCUUUACUCUCUUUAUUUGACUCUCUAUAAGACAGACACCCCUGUAAAACAGACACCUAUAGUUGGUCCCUGCCUUUCUUUACUCUCUUUAUUUGACUCUCUAUAAGAUGGACACCCCUGUAAAACAGACACCUAGAGUUGGUCCCUGCCUUUCUUUACUCUCUUUAUUUGACUCUCUAUAAGACAGACACCUCUGUAAAACAGACACCUAGAGUUGGUCCCUGCCUUUCUUUACUCUCUUUAUUUGACUCUCUAUAAGACAGACACCUCUGUAAAACAGACACCUAGAGUUGAUCCCUGCCUUUCUUUACUCUCUUUAUUGGACUCUCUAUAAGAUGGACACCCCUGUAAAACAGACACCUAGAGUUGGUCCCUGCCUUUCUUUACUCUCUUUAUUUGACUCUCUAUAAGACAGACACCCCUGUAAAACAGACACCUAGAGUUGGUCCCUGCCUUUCUUUACUCUCUCUAUUUGACUCUCUAUAAGAUGGACACCCCUGUAAAACAGACACCUAGAGUUGGUCCCUGCCUUUCUUUACUCUCUUUAUUUGACUCUCUAUAAGACAGACACCUCUGUAAAACAGACACCUAGAGUUGGUCCCUGCCUUUCUUUACUCUCUUUAUUUGACUCUCUAUAAGACAGACACCUCUGUAAAACAGACACCUAGAGUUGGUCCCUGCCUUUCUUUACUUCCUUUAUUUGACUCUCUAUAAGAUAGACAUCUCUCUAAGAUGGACACUUAGCGCCAGUCCCAAAGGUGUCCAUCUUAAGAGAGUUGACUGUAACUGUAAAAAAUACUUGUUGUCCCAUGGGUUGGGAUCAUCUCAUGUCUCCUGCCUGAAAUUUUGACUUCAAAAUGGUUUCAAACAUUCAAACUUUUAAUGUAUCAAACCUUGUGCGUAUUAACAACUGUACGAUUUUUUUCCCCAAUUGUAUAAGUUGGGCAAAUUAAGUGAAACAUUUAAAACGACCGGCAUUCUGUUGUUGAUAUGGGUUUUUUUUUUCUAACAGGGACCUCCCGGACCAAAUGGUAUCAUGGGACAAACUGGACAGAAGGGAGAGGAGGUUGGUUGGUGUGUCGAUUAGUACAAAAGGGAACUUAACCUUUAUUAAAUUAUGUAGACGGCAGAGUUUUCCAGAUGAUUUGAGGUAGAAGGAGAAAAACAAUAGGCACACUGUAGGUGUCAACUGAUUAUGUGGAAAAGUGCGUCUUUCACAUGGCAGAACUUGUGUAGGGGUGAUAUGUGAACGGGGCAACUCCCCUUUCAAUGGAGGAAUCCAGGGGCCUCCCCUGGGGUAUUUGUUAUUUGGGGAUUCCUAAAAAGUGCAUUGCAGUGUCGUUUGAGCGACCAGGGAAAGAAAUUUUAGCUAAGAGGAUGAUCACCUUUAUUGACCCGCUUUCUGCAUUAAUCAAAGGAUGAAAUAAGACGGAUUUAUUCUCUCAAUUAAAAAAGUUAUUUUUUUUAUGAGUAUCCGGCACCUCUGUGUCAGCUACUAAGACAGAACUCCACACUUUUUCCCCCAGUUUUUCCCAACUUUAUGAUAUGAAGUAUGUUUUUGUUUUCUUUAAGUUGAAAUAAUCACAGUUUGGUAGAGGACUAUUAUCAUCAUCAUCAUCAUCAUCAUCAUUAUUAUUAUUAUUUUCUUAGUAACAAUGCAUUUAACCUUUGAAAACGUUUUUUUUAAUCGAAAGGAAUUGUAAAUAGUGUUUUGAGGGAAUAUUUUUUGUAAGCGAAUUAAUUGUAAAUAGGGUUUUAAUAGGGUUUUAACGCUUUUGUAAGCCUGUGUCUAAAUGUUACUAAGAUUGAAUUUUGCCUAUAAACAAGGUCUUGACUUGGUUUUUAAAAACUUUCGACCGAUCAGCAAUCUUUCCUUUGUUUCAAAAUUGGCUGAAAGAGUGGCAGCUGAUCAGAUUCAGUCCUACUUAAAUGAGCAUGAUCUUUUUCCUUCAUUGCAAUCAGCCUAUCGACGGCACCAUAGCACAGAAACUGCCCUGCUUAAAGUCAAGAAUGACAUUCUGAUGAACAUGGAAAAUCAGAAGGUCACGUUGUUAGUGCUUCUUGAUUUAAGCGCCGCGUUUGAUACCGUGGACCAUAGGAUUCUCUUAGAUCGCCUUCAGUUUGAUUUUGGAAUUUCAGGCUCUGCACUUAAUUGGAUUGAAUCGUACCUUUCUAACAGAACCCAGCGCAUCUAUAUAGACGGAGUUCUAUCGAGUAAUUUUAAUCUUAAAUUUGGAGUUCCACAAGGCAGCUGUCUCGGGCCAUUAUUGUUUUCCCUCUAUGCUAGUAAACUUUUUAAGAUCGUCGAAUCACAUCUUCCUAAUUCCCAUUGUUAUGCAGAUGACACGCAACUGUACAUCGCGUUUAGAUCAGGAAAUGAUUUGGAGGAGACCGCUGCUAUAACUGCCAUGGAAUCAUGUAUUGCUGAUAUCAGUAGAUGGAUGCAUUCGGAUAAGUUAAAACUGAAUUCCGAUAAGACAGAAUGUCUUCUGAUUGGAACACGACAACAACUUCAGAAAGUCAGUAACAUUAGUACCUUAUCGGUUGGGGACUCCCAAAUUGCUCCAUCUUCUGAAGUUCGAAACCUAGGAGCUUGGUUUGAUUCUAAAAUGAGUAUGCUAAGUCAUAUCAACAAAACUUGCUCAUCCGCUUUCAAUUAUCUUUAUAACAUGCGUAGAAUUAGGAAAUAUUUAAGUCGUUCAGUCACCGAAUCAUUAGUUCAUGCUUUUAUCACCAGUAGAAUAGAUUAUUGUAACAGUCUACUAUAUGGCCUCCCGAAUUCACAUAUCAUGAAACUCCAACGGAUACAGAAUGCCGCGGCUCGGUUGGUCACCGGAACACCUAGAUUCUGCCAUGUUACACCAUUGCUUUUCCACCUUCAUUGGCUUCCAAUAAGUUACCGUAUAAAGUUUAAGAUUCUACUUUUGACAUUUAAGUGCUUAUAUGGUCAAGCUCCUAAUUAUCUAAUUGAUUUCAUUACUACCAAAAAGCAAUCCAAGUACUCUCUAAGGUCAAAUGAGUCUAUAUUCCUCGAGUUACCAUGCAUUAAGACCCAUCCAACUCUUGGCGAUCGUGCAUUCCAGUCAGCUGCACCUUAUCUCUGGAAUGCAUUACCUUCGGAAAUUCGCAACAUGAAGACAUUGGACACUUUUAAGACUGCUGUUAAAACUCAUUUUUUCAAUUUAGCUUUUAAAUAGAUUUAAUUGUUGGCUUUUAUAAUAGUUUUUUUUUUUUUUUUUUUUUUUAAUUAUUAUCAUUAUUUAUUUAUUUAUUUUUAUUUAUAGUUUUUAAUACUUUUUAUUGUAGUUUUUAAUAGUUGCUCAUGCUUUAGUCACCUUUAACAUAAAUUUAAUAUAACAAUAUUGUAAAGCGCAACCGAAUAUAUUCAUAUAGAGGUUUGCGCUAUAUAAAUGUAAAUUAUUAUUAUUAUUAAUUAUUAUAAACAGAGGCAUAAUUAUUACCUUAAAUGUGGCUAUAUCCCGUAUUACUUGUUCUAUGUGCUUAUGGUAUUCCUCCUUUUAAUUACCAGUAGUGUUAGUUAUGUUUAUUCUUUUAAGCAGACAUGCAGUUAUAAAAUAAGUUACGUUAAAGCCGGCGUCGCAAGUGGAGGUUGGGUGCCCAUGGGCCAGGGGCCUACAACCGCAAUACACCCCAAGGCGGAAGAACACCCACAGGCCUACCAACCCUCAACCCAGCCAUGAGCCCCCCCGCGCCCAGCCCCCCACUAUAGCACCCGUCGACCUGAGGCCAGAAGCCCAGUGGAAGUAAAACGAACAUGUUGGAAGAAGGGGGAGACCCUAAACCAAGAAAGCGGAGAGAUGGAGGGGAACCAAGAGAAACGCAACGCUACUAGAACGCCACGCCACGCCACGCCACGCUAACAAAGUACAACGCAAACACAACGUAGGCACAUGGCCUGCGCAUGCAUCAAAGCGACAUACCGCUGGACGGGAUUCUGCCCCCCAUGCUCACGAACAAUAAUAAAGGCUACAAACGCAAACAUAGUCACGCAACAGCGCUAGAGACGGCCAACACGCUACCAAAGAACGCCAAAAACGCUCGAGACCAUAGCUCCUAGUCGUUAACUACAUUAAAUAUGAUUUAAUAGUAUAUAACUAAAUUAAGCCAAGUGUAUGUUUUUUUUCUAUUGUAGGGUGCAAUUGGAAAACCGGGUACUACUGGGCCCCCAGGCCCUAAAGGACCCCAGGUAUGAAGGGAUCAAUAUAUAUUUCAGGGAAACUGCCCACCUACCUCUCCCCUAAGCCAACAUUAAAACUUACUUCUCCCUAAAGGCAAAAUGUUGGCUUAAGGGAGGGGUAGGUGGGCACUGAAUGGAUUUGUGUUGUUUAUCUUUUGCGCAAACCGUAUUUAUGUAAACGCUGCGGCGUUAAUAAAAUUUUUGCAUUUUCAAUCCGGCGUUUAUCCAAGGACGGCGUUUAUUCGAGGGCGGUGUUUCCAAUCCCCCGCUCAGCGCUUUGAAAUCUGCCAUUUGUUGGCUUUCCUAUUGAGCCUCUGUUUUACGGCUACAGUUAAAAGGAUCCCAGAGGAAGUUAUUAUCACCCCAUUCAUACGCGAUAUCAGCAGAGAGAUUCUCCUGUUGUGGUCUUCAUAAGUUGUAUUGUACUUGUCAGACUCCUUGUUGGAAGUUACUAAAAUAAUUUGUUUUAAAGGCAGUCCAUCUUUUAUGAUCAACUCCCUAACUCUGGAUCGGUCAUCCAAUGGCCGUACAAAGAUCUGAAACUCAACGCCGCUAAGAGGAAAAGGCGAUUUCGGAUGCGCGAGAAGCUUCUCCCUCGCGCCCAAAUUUCCUACCCCUCCUCCCUCUCGCGUGGUCUCAUGCCUAAAUUCCCUACCCCUCCUCCCUCGCGCGCAGUUUCAUGCCUAAAUUCCUCACCCUUCCUCCCUCGGGCGCGGUCUCAUGCCUAAAUUCCCUACCCCUCCUCCAUCGCGCGCAGUCUCAUGCCUAAAUUCCCUACCCUUCCUCCCUCGCGCAGUCUCAUGCCUAAAUUCCCCACCCUUCCUCCCUCGCGCGCGGUCUCAUGCCUAAAUUCCCUACCCUUCCUCCCUUGCGCACGGUCUCAUGGCUAAAUUUCCUACCCCUCCUCCCUCUUGCGCAGUCUCAUGCCUAAAUUCCUUACCCCUCCUCCAUCGCGCGCAGUCUCAUGCCUAAAUUCCCUACCCCUCCUCCCUCGCGGGCAGUCUCAUGCCUAAAUUCCCUACCCCUCCUCCGUCUCGCGCGGUCUCGCGCCCAAAUUCCCUUCCCCUUCCUUUUCGAACGCCCGCCAUGCGGGCUACACAAGAGCAUUCCAAGGCGCCCUAUACCUUACCGGAAGUAUAGAAGAGCAUUUCAAGGUGCCGUAUAUCUUACCGGAAGUGUAGAAGAACAUUCCAAGGUGCCCUUUACCUUACCGGAAGUGUAGAAGAGCAUUUCAAGGUGCCCUUUACCUUACCGGAAGUGCUGGAGAGCGUAAUGAUCAGCAUGUUUAUCCCUACUGAAAGCCAAGUUUUUCUUUCCCCGUCACCUGUAAAAAAAACUCCCAAUAAAUAUCGUUGUUUGGUUGAUGUGUUGUGUGUUCGUGACAGGGAGCUCGUGGUGACUUCGGAGAACGUGGAGAAGCUGGACAAGCAGGCGCUGAUGUAAGUAGCGUGUUUGUGGACUGUUUUUUAAUCAUUUGAAGGUGGUUUUUUUGUUAAUCAACCUAUCUCAGUGAUUAGAACGAAAAAUGUGCCACAACCCUCCCAUGUAAAUACAGCUGAACGUCCGGCCAUUAAAGUCCCGAAAAAAUUGUAAAAAAGAAUGGGGAAUUAGACCUCUAUUACACGAUAAGCGGCUGCAGCGCCACCUCUUAUCCUUUGUUGCUAGCAGAAAAGCGGCACUUCGUUGCUCCCUGUUCCACAAGCAGCAAAGGAAAUAGGAGAUGUCUGUACGCACGCUAUGUGAUUGUGCCACUGUUAGUUAACUGUAUAGUGCAACUUCUAGUAACUUGCUUUUUCAUGGUAGGUUCAUUUUCUGCUUUAUUAUAAUUUGUGAUCUUAGGGUGCACCAGGUCUUAGAGGUUUCCCUGGUCCAGUUGGUACUCCUGGUCUAACAGUAAGUGAAAAAGAUGUUUUGAUAAUACAUUCAAUCCAGCUGUUCCAUAAUAUGGCAUUGCACCGUAAAAAAAGAAUGUGAACUGACUCAUGAUCAAUGUUUUCUGUGCACAGGGGGCCCAAGGAGAGCCUGGUCAAUCAGGACCGCCAGGACCUGACGGAAAGAAGGUUUGUUAAUCAUAAGUUUUAAUGGGCACUUUCUUUGAAACUUAGUAAAGGAAGAUGUUUUUAUCCUGUCACUAAGGUGAUAACUCUUAAUUACAUGUAAUAGCUAUUAUGCUUCAGUUUUGCAAAACUGAAAAGGAAAAAUUUAAGAUUAUUGAAAACCAAUGUUUUUCUGUCAUCAUUACGGCAUUGUCAAUGCAACCAGUGUCACUGAAUACAGCAGUAUAUCCGCAUAUCUGUUUAUUGAUGUCCAUAGAAGUUUUAAAUUAACUUCAUACAUACAGGUACAUACAAAUAUCUUCGCAUAUAGCAUGGCUAAUCGAGACGGGAAGAGGAAAACAUAAAGAGCAAAUCACUAGGAAGGAAUUAAGAAAAGGAAAAGACAUGGAAGACAUGUAUAUAAGCAGUACAAAAAGAUGGACUGAAGUUGUUAUAAUACAACGUUACAAAAUUACAAACUUAUUUUAAGGUGGUGUUACACGAGGCGAUUCGCAAAGACGAUUUUUAGCGCAACACAGCGUUGCAACAUUGUUGCGACUUUGUGUCGAAUGUUACAACCUUGUUCCAGCAUUGCAACGCUGUGUUGCGCUAAAAAUCGUGUAACAUCACCUUUACCUUGUGUUAUCUUGCUUAAUUUAUUAAUUAAAAUAAGUGUGUCAACAUAAGUAUCCUCCAAUUCCAAAAUAUGUAAAAGGAGCUAAUGUAAAGAAGCCUUAGAACUGUGUUCAGGGAGUACUCGGAUAGUUUGAGGAAUCUAGAAAAUGAAUAUUUGGAGCGAUUUGUCCUGGAAUAUUGAAUGUAAAGACUAGCAGUCUCGGAAAACCUAGUGUUGUAGCUAUGCUAUGCAUUUAUACAGCUUGUAAGUCAUCUGUUACUGUCCUCCAGAUUUACAUUGCAAAACGUUUAACAGUUAAAUGUAUGAUUUAAAAACAAAUUCUCUUCUACAAAUUGAAUCUGGACUUGUGUUCUUAGAAAGUUAAAUGUAUUUAUGUCUCUCUGCAAAUGAAACUAUCUGUGUAUACUGUACUUUUUGUACCUUUUAUUUGAAAAUUGAACCUUAAUUAAUGUUACUGAUCAUUAUUUGUCAGGGACCACCUGGAGAACGUGGGCAAGAUGGGCUCCCAGGAGACCCUGUAAGUUUUACUAGUCCUUUCUAUGAGCUGUACUGAUAUGAGAACAGAAGUAACCGGCUACAGAAGGCCUCUCAGUCUUAACUGCUGGCAUGCCUUGCAAGCGACAGUAAAGAUCUGGUAGUGAAGGGGCAUGCACACUGUAACUUGUGAGCAACGUACAGCUAACUAGCCUGCGCUAUAGACGUUUGCAAGCCAGCGCGGAAAUCCUGUACCAUGGAUGGCUUAUUAGGGUGUUCUUUCAGCAUCGGAGAUCGGAGAAUUAUCCAGUUACUACACUGAAUUCUCCGGCUAGUGUUCGGUGGCCUAAGGCAGUUUUUUAUUCAGACGUGGAGCCGCUUUCAAAAUUCUCCGGUAAUGUUUCAUCUUUCUACUGCUACUAGAAUUCUUAAUGAAAACCCUGGCUUAUUGAAAAAGCCCGUGUCGAUUUGCCAAGGGAAAUUCGAAACGCACUUGUGGUAAUUCGUUGAGUCCGCUUGGGCUCAGAACAAGAAUAUUAGAGAGUUUUAGAUCCAAGAUUACCGCGAACCUCUAACCGCGGUUUGCGGUUACCCGUUUGCGGUUCGACGUUCAAACAUAAUUCGAUUUAGAUUGGCGGUGGAUUAAAGAAGUGGAUUCUGAAUUUAUUUUUCCAUUUAGAAAUGGAAGAAAUAUCAAUCAGUGCAAAUAAGAGAAAUUUACGGUAACACUGGGUUAUCUAGCAGUAAAGAGCUGUAAAUUCUUACAUUAGUUCUUCUUAUAAAUUUACGGCCGCCAUUUUGAAUCAGCAGCCAUGAAUGGCACUUGUUUUCAAGAUCCAAUAGGAUUUAUCAAAUUUAGCAUUUCGCCCGAAUUUGUGCCUCUGUUAAUGGAUAAAGACUUGCUGCACAAGAUUUUCGUAUCAUUACGUGGGAUAAAACAAGAAUUAUACGUUAAAAGCUUUCAGGUAAAUGGCAUACGUGAAAACCUACCUCCCCACGUUGAAAACGCACGUCGUAAACCUCAAACGUGACGCGAAAGACUUGUCACGUGACUCCCAGCGUUUAGAGGUUCGCGGUAAACUCGGAUCUAAAACUCUCUAUUGGCACUGUUGAGCUGGCGUUACUUGCCGGGGUUACGUAUAGAUUACGUUGGUGAGGCAGGCUACCAGCUAAAGGAACUUGUGCAUCCCUUUGAACAUCCUACAAUACACUGUACAAUAGAGAACUUUAGAUUCUAAGACGAGUACGACUACGAGGACGAGAUUUCCUCAACAGUAAGUAGUGUACGCGCGUGAACCAGCGUCAUUCUGGCGGGUAAAUGUGGUAGCCGUCGUCACUCUAACAAGGACCUUACGACGCAACGACAACGGGAACGUCAAAAAAGCAAUAGGUUAAGAUUAGCAAAACAACAACUUUGCACGUGAAUCAUGCUUGAAUCAUGUACGAAUCAUGUACAUUUCGUUGCCGUCACAGCACGACUACAACGUGAAAAUGUCUAAUUUCACGUUAUAGGGAGGACGUAAACAAGCUACUACGAAAUUUUCUUUCUCUUUCUGAAAUUGAAUACGGUUUUUAGGAAUUCAACUCCAGGAGAGUUCGCCUAUAUUUGACAAAGUAGGAGAGUUGUAACUGUUGUGAUGAAGAUUGAAUGAACGGGAAUUGACUUUUUAGGCGAUGUUUUCGUUGCCUUCGCCGUCCUCGGAUCUUAAGGUCCCUAAUACGAGUUUUAGCGAGAAUAGAGGAUGUUAGCAUCGACAACGAGUACGAGUUCUAGAACGAGAUCAGCGAUUUUGCGUACUGCGCAUCCGUUCUGCGCAUCUCCACGUUUUCAAGUCGUCCUGUCAAGUUGCACUACGACGAGUUCUCACCAAAAACUCGAAGUGGGUAGAACGACUGGGAAGAGCUGGUUUUCAAAGGUAAAUUCCGAUCGUUUAAUGAAGUUUCUUUUCGUUUCUAGCCUCUCUUUAUCAUCUUGAACAUUCCUUAUAUUUAACAAUUAUUCUUUGAAAUCGAGGUGAAUAGUGGCAAAAUAUUUACCGAGACGCGAAAGCGGCGAGGUAAAUAUUCCCAAAGCCACUAUUCACCGAGAUUGAAAAGAAUAAUUGUUUAAAAGAUCGUUCUCUAAAAAAUGGGAAAAACACUGAGCUCACACAUUAUCCACUCGCUAGGAGGUGAAUAUUGUUGAAUAGUCCGAGAUAGCGAACCAAUCAGAUUGCUUAAAUCACCAAGAUCACUGAGUGUGUAUAUACUAAUAUGUUUUAUGUAAAAUACUGCUUUUGAAGUCGAGGAAAAGCAACCGAACGCGAUAUUUCCUACACAGUUCUAUAAACUCGAACUCGGUGUCAUCGCUAACAUAGAAAGCUGAGAAAACGACUUCGAGUACGAGUACGGUUUGAAGUCGUUCUCGUACUCGUUCUCGUUGUUGAUGCUAACAUCCUCUAAUGUCGAAAAGGCGGAAACAAGUUAUCAAAUGUUAGUAGUUUUAUCAUUUUGCGGUCGGGAGAGGGUGUAAAACCUCCUUCACUAAAGGUAACAAUGCUAACUUUUCUGGUGAAAAAUGGUAAAAUGAAGCUUCCCUGGGAGUCUAUAUUUUGAGAAGACGCGAAAAAACUUCAACUCGAAUCUCGUACUCGUAGUCAUCCUCGUCCUUGAAUCUAAAGGCCGGGUUUCUAUUAGCUUGUCGUCAUAAAUUGUCUUCAUGCGAUAUUUUUUUCAGGGUGCUGUUGGCCCUCAAGGAGAAAGAGGCCCUCAGGGUGAAUCAGGAUCAAAAGGUGAAAAAGGAAGAGGAGGAGAAAAUGGCGUUGAUGGAACACCUGUAAGUUUGAUCAUUCAUCUUCUUUAGUACCUAGUAUAUUUAAAAAUGAUUCCACGAGUGCGUGUUGGAUAUGAGAUGGUAGUGAGACUAUAAUCAUCUCACAUCUAACAAGCGCGAGUGGAAUAAUUGUUUUUUUAAAAAACGCCCACAAAUUAUCCAGAAUUCUUGCUGCAAAACAACCGAUUUUCAUCUUGGUUUUAAUUUUGAGCAGACACGUACAGUUACCAUAAUUGGAGAGCGUGGUAUAACGGCUCAUAUACUAGGGUGGCUAAGUCAAUUAGAGCUCCAGAAUUGCAUUAUCCAAUGAUUCAGUUUUUAAAAAUGAUGGUUAGAUAAUUAUAGUGUUACGAAACAAUGUAAUAAUCUUGUUGGAUAAGCACUUCCGGAGUUCCCUUUGUGUCACAAAAUUAGGAACAUUUAAACUACACGGGAAUACAAGAGAAGGUCAGGAAGGACAACGAUUAAUGCAGGUUGAAAAGGACUGCAGCCCAUAUUUUGGCUUCAAACUGCUCAGUCUGUCAAUUUUUUAAAGUUAUCUCUGCUCUUUAAAAGUUGGAAUUGGAAGUGAUGUUAUUUGGUAAACGUUAAUUCAUAACAAGUGAUUGGCAAAAUCAAGCAAAAUGGAGUAAACUGCCAUAGCACAUAUACAAUGCCCUUAAGGUAGCUAUGUCACGGUUGUCUCGUUCUUUUUGUUAACAAGGCCAAUAACGUGUCCUCAUUUGCCAUGGAACUUGCGAAAUCUCGGAAAUGGCAAACAAAUCUGUCUUUCAAGCAUUAUAGAAUAAUCUUUUCACUGAGUGGUCAUUUUUAUGUUUCGCUCAGUUCCUUGGCAGUUCCUUCUUUUUGAAUUUUGAUCAAUUUCGUGACACAGUAGACUGCAAGAUAGUCCGUAUCUUUGCGUAUUCAAGUACGCGCUAACACUCAAACAAAAGGUCCUGAAGUGAGGCUGAAAACAGAGAGCAAGACUGGGGAAAGACGCUAAAAAUACGCCUACUCGCGUGUGAGGCUUGCGCGCGUGAGACUCUUACGCUAUGCUAAACCGAUUUUGAGAAUAAAACCGACUGUUUUGCUCCCUAGUGACACAGCCCCUUUAAACCUUUUUUCCGUUUUUGUUGUGUUUAAGGGUGAGCGUGGUGAGAGAGGAUCACAAGGUUCACAAGGCAAUGCUGGAGCAACAGUGAGUAGUGAAGUUUUUGUUUAUGAAACUAUCUGUGCUUACAAAGGAGAACGGUUGCACAUCGUUUAAUCAAUAGCGAACAAGGAAAGCUUAUAUGAAAAAAAUCAUGUUUAUUUUUGCAGGGCCCUCCUGGAAGAUCUGGCCAAACUGGUCCAGCAGGAGCCAAGGGAGACAGAGUAUGUUAUAACAUCCUUGUACCGCAUAGAGAAGAGUAGCGCGUGAAAGUACUGCUCAGUAGCUUUCAUUUGAAUGGUCUCACUUACGGAUUUCAUCCACAGACUCAAAAGUUAGAACUACCUUGUACAGCUUAAUAAACAGUACCACAGGAAAGUCCUGCUCAGUAGAUUUCAUUUGAAUGGUCACACUACAGGAUUUGCUCCACAGACUCGAAUAUUUGAACCACUUCCAACAGUGCAAUAAACCGUACAACGUGAAAGUACUGCUCAAUGGUCACACUUUAGGAUGUCAUCCACCGACUCAAAAGUAAGAACCACCUUGUACAGCAUAAUAAACAGUACCACAUGAACGUACCGCUCAGUGGCUUUCAUUUGAAUGGUCACACUUAAGGAUUUCAUCCACAGACUCAAAAGCUAGAACCACCGUAAACAGUGUGGUAAACAGUACCACGUGAAAGUACUGCUCAUCACACUUUAGGAUGUUAUCUACAUAGUCAAACAUUAGAACCUUCUUGCAAGGUAUCGAAUACCACGUGAAAGUACUGCUCAGUAGCUUUCACUUGAAUGGUCACACUUCAGAAUUUCGUUCACAGACUCAAAAAGCUAGAACCACAUAACAUUAUAACAAAAAGUAAAAAAGUAAAACGUGAAAGUACAGCUCGGCACACUUCACCAACACGCUCAAAUAUAAGAAACACCUUGAACAGAACAGUAAACAGAACCACGUGAAAGUACUGCUCAGUAGCUUUCAUUUGAAUGGUCACACUUUAGGGUGUCAUACACAGACUCAAAAGUUAGAACAACCUUGCACAACAUAAUAAACAGCACCACAGGAAAGUACUGCUCAGAAGCGUUGAUUUGAAUGGUCACACUCAGUAUUUCAUCCAAAGACUUUAACGCUAAACCAGCUUCAACAACAUACUAGUAUAGCGCGACAAGAAGGUACUCUUCAUUAGUUUUCAUUAGGGUCUAUUUUUACUCACAGUAUUUCGUGCACAGAAAAAUAGUAAUGACUCUUGGAGCUUGCGGCUUGACACAACUUCACUUCUUGUGUUGAGUGAUGAGUGUUGGAGUGAAAGAGGUUUUAGUGCACCAUUAGGGUUAAACAUAGCUUUUAUUAUUUAUCGAAGUUAAAACUUUUUAAAUCAGUAAUGUUUUAACAAAAAUGCUCUUGAUAUGUUUAUGCUCUAUGUGCCGUGACUUUGCGCCAUGACUUUGUUAUGUCUUACUUUGCUAACCUUGUUUCGUGUGAUUUUUAGGGUGACCCUGGUCAGCCAGGUCCCAGGGGAAACGCAGGAAGGGAUGGAAAACGGGUAUGAGCUUUCAUUAAUAGUGCAGAGAUUAAAUUUACUGUAUUUCUAUGAGACUGAUAACAGGUUGUGCACACAUGAAAUCUUCAACUUCCAAUAAAAAUACAUAAAAGAGUGAUACUUCAUUUCUUUUUACAAGCUUCAAGCUUGUUAGCUUCUUUUGGAGGACAGGGCAUUUUGUUUUGCAGAAUUUUAGUGGAAUAUAACGAAAAGGCACAUUUGCGUUUGUCCAAAUACAUCUGUUUAUCUUGUGGUCUUUAUUUGUCUGGACUGUUGGUUAAAGUGAUUAGAUGGAGAGUUUAAGGAUAUAUUUAUUAGUUCUCAAGAAAUAAUCAGUUAAAGAAAAUAAUUCCAGAUGUUCUCACUAUUUCCCGGCCGCCAAAAUAUACUCAGGGCUUUAUAAACUUGCGUUGAACGUUUGACAAUUUGGUAGAGUUCGUAAUAUCACUCACCUCAGUAAAGCCUCGUGCAAACGGACGCAACAUUGUUGGCCAGCAACUCCCAACAUUGCUGGAUGUUACAUGUUGCGUCCGUUUGUACACCCUGUUGCAUGUUGUUGGGAGUUGUUGCAACCGUGUGCACACCACUACAACACGGACUCAACAAUACGCAACAUUGUAGGCGCAACAAUGUUGGGAGUUAUUGCGUUCUUUGCACGUAGCUUAAGGUUAUCGAAGUCAGUCGUGAAUUCUGGACUCCAGGUACUGGAUUCGGGAUUCCUUGUCAGUGGACUUGGAUUCCGGAUUCUAAUCUUUCCUUGAGUUGAAUUACGGAUUCUUUAGGCCAGAACUCCGGAUUCCACAAGCCAAAAUUUCCUGCAUUCCGGAAUCCAGAUUACCUUGCCCGAGGCGAUAUAACUAACAGAAUAGAGAGUUGGUUUAAGUUGAGUUCCUUUACUGAUUGUUUUUGCAUUUGAUUUUUGUAUUGCGUGAAAGUGAAAACCAUCUGUAUUUUCGUUUCAGGGAUAUUCUGGAACGCCUGGACCACCAGGGCCUCCUGGAGAAACUGGUCCACGAGUAUGUAAUAGAAUAAUGUUAUCAAUAAGAACACAGCUAAACCUGCAGUAGCAUCCCUUUCACUCCCAACAAAAAUUUUGAAUUUUGUUUUGUUUAAUACUGGAAGGCAAUAGUAGUACCUUGUGAAGGUACUGCUAAAGAGGUUUCAUUUGAAUGGACAUUCUGCAGGAUUUGAUCCAUACACUCAAAAGUUAGAACAACAUACUAAAUAAAUAGCACCAUGUGAAAGUACUGCUGAAGAGAUUUCAUUUGAAUGGUAACACCAUAGGAUUUCAUCCACAGACUCAAAAGUUAGAACAACAUACUAAAUAAAUAGUACCAUGUGAAAGUACUGCUGAAGAGGUUUCAUUUGAAUGGUAACACCACAGGAUUUCAUCCACAGACUCAAAAUUUAGAACAACAUACUAAAUAAAUAGCACCAUGUGAAAGUACUGCUGAAGAGAUUUCAUUUGAAUGGUAACACUAUAGGAUUUCAUCCACAGACUCAAAAGUUAGAACUACAUACUAAAUAAAUAGCACCGUGUGAAAGUACUGCUGAUGAGGUUUCAUUUGAAUGGUAACACCAUAGGAUUUCAUCCACAGACUCAAAAGUUAGAACAACAUACUAAAUAAAUAGUACCAUGUGAAAGUACUGCUGAAGAGGUUUCAUUUGAAUGGUCACACUGCAGGAUUUCAUCCACAGACUCCAAAGUUGGAACCAGCUUAAGAGACUCGGUUAUUCACUGUGGGAGUGUAAGGCCACAGUUAGAUACAAAUUCCGAUUUUUAUUUUGCGAAAUACUGAAAGACAAAUUAAUAGUACCGCGUGAAGGUACUCCCAAAGAUCUUUUAUGUAGAUUUCCACAAUGCCAGAUUUGGUCCAUACACUAAAAAGACAGAACCACCUUGACAAGACAUUUUUUUUUUGUCAAUAAAAACCUCUUCAAUCGUGGGGCAAUCUCGGCCUUGCUUCUUAAUGUUUUGCUGUUAUGUUUCCGUCUAGGGUGCCCCUGGCUUGUUUGGUACACCUGGAGUUCCUGGUGACGCUGGUCUUGCUGUGAGUUUAUUUCUUUCUUUAUUUUUUAUUAUUAUUAUUAUUUUGUGAAAACGUUUCUGUUCGAACUUUUCUUAAAAUAUUUUUAAUCGCGUUCGACAUAGAAGAACGCAUAUUUCCUGACAAAGGGCUCCGAAAGUAUUAACUUAAAACAGUGAAAGUGACAACCUUAGCUUUGACCUCGUACUUUGCUUAACGUUUGCAAAAUCUUCUUGUUUGACCGCGUUGAACCCUAGUGUGAUGUCCUUGAAAUUGGAAGGGUAAUCUGUAAAGAGGGAUCUUAAUAUAAAAAGAUAACCUUUUGAUCCUCCCUUAAGAUCCAUGAUGAUGAGAGUGUAAGUAGAUUAAUUGACUUUUAUCUCUCUUUUGCAGGGCCCACGGGGACCCCCUGGCAACCCUGGACUUCCUGGUGAAAAUGGUGCAGAUGUGAGUUGUCAUUAUGGAAUUUCUUUCCCUUUUUCAGUGCCUUGAACCAAGGGGAUUUAGUGGUACUAUAGAACGGUUUUCAGGUCAUUUUCCAUAUUUAAGCCUCGUUUUAUUAGCGAUGUGAACACAAGCGCAAGCCUACGUAAGAAGGCUCAUGAUCUUUGUCAAGUGAAAAUGAAUGCUAACGGAAGAAGUACAAGCACAAAAAAGAAGAUAACUUGGCCACCGAAGACGGGCUUUCACAGACUUUUGUGCUCGACUAACCUAAGGAACUCAAAGGCAUUAGGCAUUUAGAAGUAAGCCGGCGCAAUGAAUUACUACAGGAAUUUUUGUAUCGCAUAUUUAGAUGGUAUAUUGUUUCACCGAGCCAGUAAUAAGUUUUGGGUGGGAUCUCUAAGAAGAAAAAUACAAUAUGAUUUAUUUUUCAGGGUUCCACUGGCCCCCCGGGAGCCCCAGGCCCAAUGGGAGACCAAGGAGAGCAGGUAUGUACAUUAAAAAUAUCCAUACCACACUCCUCUUUUUACUAAAGACCUUUAUAUUCCAAGACGAAGCGCGUUCUUUUACUUGGUAUACUAAGUAGUGUGCGCGCUUGAACCAGCGUCAUUUUGGCGGGAAAUUGGGAUAACCGUCGUCAUUCUACUUCGGUUUUUAGCGGGAAUGUCGUAGUGGUGGAAAUAUGCCUUUACCUCCUUCAAAAUUAACAACUAUGCGAACAUUUUUGGUAAACAAUAGUAACAUGAAUCUUCCCGGGAUGUCUAUUUUUUGUAAAUUAAAUCUCGUUUACGUAGUCAUCCUGGUCUUGGAAUCUAAAGAUCUCAAUUGACUUCGUCGGACAUGCGUCCUUUCUACAAAGAAAUUUUUUUUGCAGGCCUGCAUCUGGCCAAAAUUGUCAAUCCACGCCAUCGAGGAAUCUAGAUCUAAAAACGUAAUACAACUGGAUACUGAGAAAGUGCCUAGCAAGAAAAUUUAAAGUUUACUUUUUUCCUCUACUAGCACGAGAUAUAGUGAAUGAAAAAAUGUAUUACGAUACUCUAGUAAUGACCUCAUAUGAUUAAUGUUACAUCUUUUGACAUGGAAUGUUUUUGAAAUGCAGCUUUUGAUUCCUCUUUGGUGGCAAACUUAUUACUCAUAUCAGCUGAUAAAAGGAAAUUUUCGUUUCUCUAAAACAAUAACCGUGGAAUACGUUUUUUCUCCAUUAGUAUGUGUCAGCAGGGUUUAUUCUAGGGCGCGGCCUUGCGGGAUUUCUGCAAUUUGGAAAAAAAUGCCGCAUAUAAUUCACGUUGCCGCUACAAAUGGGUCGCAAAAAAAAUAGACCCAAGGAUAAGUACUUUUUUAAAAAAUAAAGUAUUCGAAAACAUCACUGACAACAACACUGAUUUGACAGCCGUUCUACAAACUUACUUUGAUUUGUCAUAACCUCUUACUCAAUUGUCUUUCUCUUCUUCGUUUGAGUCAUUGUUUCACCAGACAAACAUCCGGGAUUCUGCAGUAAUUCGAGCCCAGGCUUUUUCACUUGCCCAGAAUGUUUCAAAAUGGCAGCAAAGCGUUCGGCGAGUCCGAUCCGUUUUCCAGUCAACAGUCUGUACCAAUAAGUUCAAAUACCUUUCGGGGGACCCCUUCUCUCGAAAAAGGUCCCCCUAAAAUUACAGAAGGGGGCCCAUUUGACCCUCAUUAGCCAAUUUCUAGACUAAACCCUGCGUCAGGUUAUUGUUGCUUCACGUUUCCCACAGAAAUGGUGAUCGCAAGUUGUAUUAUACAUGAAGUGUCUCAUUAUGCUUGACCUUUUAUAGGGAGCUACUGGAGAUAUGGGUGACCCAGGACCAGAAGGAGACGUCGGGCCCCUUGUAAGUUAUCUGUUAGCCUCUUACAGCUGUUUUGCUGCCUCGUACCCAGAAUUCUCUCUCUCGAUGAAAAUUUGCGCGCAAAGGAAGGCGGGAAAGAGCAAAGGGGCGAGAGGCGCUUCGCCUCCCUUCUUUACCCUUCCCAUGGUCCCUUGCGUUUCGUCCUCAGUCACUCGCGUUUUGCGCUAGCCUCUAUGCCAAACCAAGCGAAAAACGGAGCGCCUGAGGAGGAGGCUGGCCGUUUUAGAUAACACGCGACGUAUCAAGAUUUUGGGUUUUUCUGCGACGUCAAUCAAACCGUUACCGCAGCAUCCACUGUGUUUGCGAAUAAAGGCGGCAAUAUCGAGCAGAAGCUGCAAAAGUAAAUGUGAGCGGGAACGUGGCGAUUCGUUUUCACCCUCCCAUAUCUGUAUUUCUUCUGGAUUUGGAAGCUCUAUAGGAACAAUCUAAACUUGCCAUGUUUCAGUAUGAAGAUAAGAAACUUAAUGCUAUAAAGGUAAAACUUACUACGCUUUUCAAAAACACGCGACCGAACCCUGAAGUUCAAAAGCAACAAAACAGGAAGGUUUCAAUGAUAAUUUGUAAUUUUGGUGGCUUUAAACUAAGUAGUGUAUAAUGACAUUUGUUUGCAUGUUUUACGUUUUGUAGCUCUGUGGUGGUUUUAAGAAUUGUAUACUUUUUAUAUUCGUUAUUUAAGAGUGAAAACUUAAUAAGAGUUAUCUUACAUUUAGGGACCUCGCGGCCCUAACGGAUCCCCUGGUGCCGCUGGACCUAUGGGAGCAAUUGUAAGUAAAGUCUAUAACUAGUAAAAACAAAAGGUUACGGAGUGCGGGCGACAACGAUCGAAGAUCAAGACGCUUUUGCUCCAGUGCUGUGCUUUGCGCAAGGUUCACGUGAUAGAUGGUCCAAACAUGUGUGAUCAAGGUCCAAACGCGCGUGAUCAAAUGUACAUUCCAUUCAUUCUUAGUCCAAACGAAUGCUGGCUACAUACAUGCGACGCAUGCGUAACAGCAACCUGGAGAUUAGGAUUGCGGUCUCUUCUUGUCGCCCGCAAUGACGAUAUUUAAUAUUGAUUCAAUUCUAUUCCUUUCUCAGGCCGUGAAACCGAGUUAAGUUCUGGACUUAUCUGGACUUGGCUUAUCCAAUUCCUUUGGGUGGCCCAUUUAUUACCCUUAGCACCAUACUAGCAGAGCCUUUUUUUUUUCUUUUCGCUCGAUUUUGGCGUUCUCGUACUUGUUGCGCAUGUGCUGCCGGCUUAUUGCUGGGAUAUAUUUUGGAACCCAGGCCUAAAAGCCGUGCGCUUUGUACAGCGGGCUCAGGGCCCAAAAUAACGGCCGGUCAACGGACAAUGUCUGGCAAGAAUGGCGUCUUGACCAGCCAAAAGCUUCACAGACUCUAAUUCUUGAACAGACAAACAAAUCCUCACCUGUAAAUCUUAGUUUUUGUCUCUUUGUAAAAAUAAAGUCACGUUCACUAAAAGAAAAUUACUCAAGGAUUAGUUGACGUUUUUCCCGUCAUCUUAAAAAGUCAGAAAACGAGACUUGAUUGCGCAAAAAUUUCUUUAGCCUGUCACGGUGUCCGGCCACCGCCCUAAAAUUAUUUUGAGCGCUGGAACUCGGCUAUGAUCAUCAAUAAACGGAUGCUUGCACUUGGGAAACUAGUUUGACGAUAGAGAGCAUAGACCGAUUUUCGUAUGACCUUAAAAUGAAAACGCGCGAACAAAACAGAAACAACAAACGACCGGAAAUAGGGCGAUUUGAUUGGUUUAUCGAACGGAUACAAACGCGCGUGACUUUUGGUGGGUUAAGCGAGCGCUGGGGUGAAAAUAACGUCAUGUCUGAGAACUUUCCUAGAAAACAACCGAUGCUUCGCCUUGACGUCAUACCGUAAUACGACUGGCCAGUCAAACUAUGUCUUCUCCAUAUUAAAGUUUUGUUUGGCGGGAAAACGAAGAAGCCAUGUUUUGAUCUUUUCAUCCAUUGGCUGAUAAAACAAAUAACGAACACUUACCGAAACCAUUUUCAAGGUCAUACAAAAGCCCCUCUAAUAGACUAGUCCAAAGGUUUGGUUUCGGAGACUUCAUUGCUUGACUCGAUGCAGGUAGACAGCCUACCUUUCUCCCCCUCAUUCAAGAAGACGACAAAAGGAGGCUCUGUUAACAGGGUGAUUUUCUGGCUCUGUGGAAGUUUUAAUAGCCUCCACCAAUCUAACCUUGCAUCACAGCACCGUGUUUUUCUGUCCUUUCGUGUUCUCUUUUUCUCUUAAGUACACAUGCUUCAAUGCUUCCACUGUUCUUGUUUUGAGGUUCACAUCGAUCGUUUCAGGAGAGAUUUCUAAAUGCUUACAACUUUUCCCCACUAUUUUUGUAGGUAAUCUAUGAGUGCAACAAAUGAGAAAUUACAUUUUGUUGUUAGGGUUGAAAGCGUUGACCUGAAUCUAAAGGCAUGACUCUAAAUCUACCUGUUAUGUUAAGUGUAAUUGCACGACGCUUUCGUCACAGUUUAACGUGACAGUUAUGUCACGCGUUCGCUUUGAUUGCUUAUGACAGGGUGUACAAGGACCGCCUGGAGAAAAUGGAGCUCCUGGACCUAUUGGACUAACGGUAGGUGGUUUUGAAGGAGUCAUGUCGCGAUUACAAACUUUUGGGGAUUUAAUGUAUAACUUGAUAAAUAUUUCUAGUUUCUAGUUUUUUUAUCUAAUUUAUUGUAUUAUAUCUUCUCAUAAUUGUAAGGCCCAGUCCAUUUUGAACACGAUGUAAUUAGUUUAAAUUGAAUUUUUUAAAAAAAUUAAUAUCUAUAUCUUUGUAAAAUAAUUUCGCAAUUCGCUUAUUUCUAAGCAAGACGAAUUUAUUAAUAAACCAGACUUAUUAUUAUUAGGCUUGUUAUUGGGAUCAAAGAAAAACCUGAAAUAAUGAUUCAGUUUUAUUUAAAGUUAGUCUACUACUUUAAGUCAACCAUAAAGGUCUUUGGCUUUCAAUUGCAGGGUGGAAACAGAUCGCAUUUUGAAACAAACUUCAAUGUUAAACUUAUGUGUUGUAGAAAAAUGACCAAACACCGAUGACUCUUUUUUUUUUUUUUUGCCUUAAAUAGAAUCAUUUCAUAUCUUAACUUACCAUUAGUUUACCAUCAGUCGUAAAUGUCCUCUGUUCCCAAGAGCAUGUAUUGACGGAAAUUCUAUCGAAUCAGUUCAGUGCGCAAAGCUACUUGGCGUUGUGAUCAAUUCUAACUUGAAACGACCACAUUAAGGAACUCUUAAAGAAAGCAUCUCGAAAACGCUACUUUCUUGUCCAACUGAAACGUACGCGGGCUCCUUCUGACGAUCUCGUAGCGUACUACUGCGGUGCAUGUAUCAGAUCAUCCUUAGAUUAUGCAUGCCCAGUUUUUCACUAUGCGUUACCCAAGUACCAACAAGUCGAACUUGAAGGUGUUCAAAAGAGAGCCCUCUCGUUUAUCCUCCCUGGGGUCUCUUACAACGACGCUUUAAGUCUCGCUUGUUCAUCAUGAACAAAGUUUCAGUCAGCUUUUUCAAUCAGUUGUUAACAACUCAUUCAAUAAAAUUCACGAUUUGUUACCCAAAAAGCGCAGUCGGCCAACUAAUAAUUUAAGGAGACACAAGGGUUUCGACCUACACAAAACUAAAACAAAGAGAUUUGCGGACACUUUUAUCAACAAGAGUCGCUCUAUGGCAGUAUAUUCGUGACUUACAGUUGAAAUUUUAAGGUCUUUUUAAAAUUACAAUGUCGUGAUUAGUAAUGUAUCAUAUUUUUAUAUUUGUUAAGUUGCGCAAUGCAGUUUAUUCUGCAAAGUGACUCGAUAAAACCCAGUCUAUCUAUCUAUCUAUCUAUCUAUCUAUCUUUUCAAGUAUGAGAACCGAUGAAUCAAAAUACUUUGCGAUAAUUUCAGCUCAGCUUUGACCAAAGAAAACUGGAACUUGCCAUAGCCUUUAAGGGUUUAUACUACUACAUGAAAAAUUUCGGCAAUUUGAUUGGCUUGGAGCAGUGGUAUUUCACCUUAAUUUGAAAUACCUACAUGUGAAAAUUACAUACCUUUGCGGGUAGUAGUAUAAACAAAUAAAACUGGAACUUGCCAUAAAUACCUUUAUUUCAAAAUUGGUUCAUCCUGCCUAACGGCUCGUAAAAUCACGUAAUUUCAAACAUGUUUCAGCCCUCUCUCCAUGCUAUUACUUAAAUAUCCAAUCUUAAAAUCACUAAUUUCAAACAUGUUUCAGCCCUCUCUCCUCUUAAAUAUCCCUCUCUUGUUACACACGCUUCAAAAAGUACGCUCAACCCUCUUCCCCCCCACCUUAAAAGGCCAUUUCCGAGUUCCCCCGGGCCUCUGUUUCAAAACGAGGGUAGGUGCUCAGCCUUUGAUAUGGAAAUCAUUUUUCAUUCUCAUGCAUUUAAAACUCAUUUUCACAAGAAAGGGUCUGCACCUAGCCUCAUUUUGAAAGUGAGGGUUUUUGGAACGCGGAAGUGGCUUAUUUGCGUUAUAUUAGAAAAUUUUAAGAUGAUAAGAAGGCUUAAAAUCCAAACUGGCGUUUCUAUUAUUUUCUGUCUUGAUGUUUCUUGUAUGUUUAUGUGUCAGGGCCCAGUUGGACCUCCUGGUGCUGAUGGUGAACGUGGUCUGGAUGGAUCCAAGGUAAAGUCUUGUAUCAUUCUCUUGAUAAUAAUUGUUUUAUCAUUCGAUCACCGAGUUUGUUUGUAAAUGAAUAUCUUCAAAAGCGAAGCGAUCUGCCAUUUUCACGCAAGAGCGAUCGCAAGAAGGAGAAAAUUGUGGUUUCAUUUACGCAUGAGCAGAAUAUUAUUUGCAGCCAAGCACAGUUGGACGGCAUUGCGCACGAGCAGACCAUCAUUUGUAGGCAGUUAUUUGCAGGUAAGGUGGUGUGUUCUCGGCUAAUGAAAAACCUGCAUCGAAUGAUUAAAAUAUAGAUUUAUUUUCGCCUCUGGAAAUUACAUUGCAUGGCAUUAUUAGCUCGCUGAUCUUGGCGUCAGCAACCACCACCACCUCCCACCCCCUCCCCACUCCCCACUCCAAACAAUCCCAUAGGUGCUUGGACGGCCACGUUGAACCCAGGCCACCACUCUUUUCCAAAGUGAGCCGCCAUUUUCAUUGUGUUGCUGUUUUUGUUUGCUUCGUAGGGUGACCCAGGGGAGCCUGGGGCAGAUGGAAAGCGGGGCCUCACUGGACAGGCUGUAAGUUUUACCAUCAACUUAAUGAACUAGAGUCUCCCAUGGGAAAUAGUCAAUUGACAUGUUACGGUAAAUGCUAGACUUGCUACAAGUCGACCUCUCAUUAGUUCUUAAAAGUGAGCGAAUCGAGCUUACAUGCAUGAGGUCGCGCCGCGACCGAGCCGAGCGACUCGCGACUCGCGACUCGAGCGACUCUCGAGGUCGACUUGUUUCACCUGAAUGGAUUUGAAUCAUAUAAAUUCACGCGGGAAAAAAAUGAUUGACAUAGGCAGUGUCGGGAGCGGCGUGAAAUAUCACUCACUGUCCUAUUGGUCAAUUGUCAUGAGGUCACCGGUAGAAUUUUCGACCGAUGAAUUUCGCGUCAAACAGGUAUAAAAAGUCCUUUAAAAUGGCAUGACCAACCAGGAAAACAAAUAUAGGACUUGUAGAACGUCUAGGUGAAUGCAGAGCCACCAACCCCGGGGAACUCCCAUAUAAAAGUGACCGGGAUGCUUGUCGGAAAAUGUAAAUUAACCCCUAAGGGAGACCAAUGUGGGUGUGGCGCAAGCUUAAACUGACCCGUAAAGGAGAUUUGUCCGUAGUUAGUGUCAGGGCUUUUGUUUUCGUAGAUUUCUUUACGCACAGUGCUAAGCGAUACCCUGAAUGGGCAAAUAUAGUAACCUUCCAUCCCAAACACCCUAAGUGGGACCAAAAUCUGCAAUUUACACCCCAAAGCGAGAAGGGCCUACCAGGGACUUCAAGAUCCAACGAGGCGGCGGCAAUGAGAACGUCGCUUAAAAAGUGAAUUUGCAUUCUUUCAGUCUUUAUCGCGAUUAUUCCUACCCACUUACUUUGUCAAAUGCAGGCGAACCCUCCUGAAGUUGAAUUCCUCGGGACCACAUCUAAGUUCAGAAAGAGAAAUAAAAUUUCGUCGUUGCUUGUUUGCGUUCUCCAUAAAACGCGAAAAUAGCCAUUUUCACGUCUUAGUCGUGCAGAAACGGCAAAAAAAUGUACAAAAACGCGUGACGCACGUGCAAAGUUGUUCUUUUGCUUACAAACCCUCAUGUUUCUUUUUUUUGACGUUCUCGUAACGGUUGCGUCGUUGGAUCUUAAAGUCAGUCCUUGAUGACUCUGGUGGGCAGCUCCGCGGCCAUGAGUUUUUUCUUUUGCCGGGGGGAGGGGUAGAUACAUUUCGUGUACUUUGACAAGGAAAUACAGACCUUUCCCGUGUUUCUGUGAACAAAGUCACCACUUCAAGAUUUGGGGUGACAAAGUAAAGUGACUUAUUCGUAUGAAUAUGUCCACACAAGCCUUGAGUUCGUUUCAUUGUGACUGCUUACGGGGACGGAACGCGGAAAAAGUCUUAUUCCCAUUUCUGAACAUUCUUUUCACAUAAUAACCGAACUGAUUUUGCUUUUAAUUUAUCUCACUAGGGUCAAGAUGGAAGACCUGGAGCACGCGGCACUCCAGGAGAAUCUGGCAAGCGGGUGAGAAUUUACUAGCAAUCACAGCCGGGGCGUGCCCCCCCCCCCCCCCCUCCUCCCUCAAAAUGCGUUGCUUUACAUUUCGACAACUAGAACUAGAUAAAGACUGGGCCGAGUUAGGUUUCGCAAAGACUUCUGGAACUGUUACUAGGAACAGGGAAAAUAGGCCUUUUGCAAUAGUUGGUCAUGUGAUCAACUUUCUGUAAACACGAAGAUAGCUCGCUUUUUGAAAAGUUUGUUAGCAGUAACUGAAAGAGCAUAUUCAAUUUUGGUAACCUGUAAAUUUUCAGCCUUACAUCUCAAAAGUAGCGAUUGCAACGGUCGCUGAAAAGUAGACAGAUUUAUAUGAGAAAAACAACUCUUACCACCCGUAAAUUUUGAAGUUUUCAAACUGUCAUUAAAUCUUUCCCUUACGAAUUUAAGGGCUCAAAUUGCCUGUUAUGAAUGUAAAGGAGAUUUGAGCCCCAUAAUGCUUAAGGAUAUACUUAACUACAGUUUAAAAAUUUCCAAAUUUACAAGGAUUUGUAGGGAAAACCACUCAAGCGUGAAUGGGUGGCAAGAGUUGUUUUUCCCAUGCAAAUGCUUCUAAUUUUUGUCGGCCGUUGCAAUCGCUACUUUUGAGAUAUAAGGCUGAAAAUUUAGAGGUUACCUAAUUUCGAUAAUAUUCUCUUUCAUUUACUGCUAGCAAAAUGUUUGAAAAGCGAACUGUUUUCGUGUUUACAGAAAGUUGAUCACCUAAUCAACUAAUCCAAAAGGUCUAUUGGCGAAUAGCUGACCGGCGUAUCCCCCAGUAACGAUCUCAUGUACAAAUGCGCGAUACAUCUCGGCUCCAGUCUCCUUCUCUUUUCCAAAGUCGUGAAAUUCAAAGUCUAUUCAUUCAUUUGCCGCCUGGUUAGCUCAGUUGGGAGAGCGCCGGCUUUACUGAAAAGGAGGUCGAGGGUUAACCCCGGCCGGACCAACACUCAGGCUCUUAAAAUAACUGAGGAGAAAGUGCUGCCUUUGUAAUGACAUCUGCAAACGGUUAGACUUGCUAGUCUUCUCGGAUGAGGACGAAAAACCGUAGAUCCCGUCUCACAGCACUUUCGCUUUUCUGGUUUUUGUGAGACAUAAAAGAACCCACACUACUGUUUGAAUAGAGUAGGAGACGUAGACGCCUUUUUCCCUUUCGUAAACGGUCGUUGCCAUUUUAAACGGCCGAUGCCACCAUUGGUAGAUUUGUGCCGGUAUUUUUUCAAGGUGAAAACAUUUUCAAAUAAUGCUGUAUUACAGAAAUUCGUGACAUCAUAAUUCCUCUGAAAAUAUCAAACGCACCAGUCAUAAAUAUCAUUGAAAAUAUAUCGUAAAAUGCCACCCACAGGUUUUUUUUUUUAAUAUCUUAGUUUGAAAAAUUGAAGGAAUGGAGCCAUUGUCUCGUUUGAUCAUGUUUCUGUUUUGAUUGACAGGGCCCACCAGGCCCCCCCGGCCCACCCGGACCGAGGGGAGAUCCAGGCGACGCUGUAAGUAUUUAUGUAUUUAUUUUCUAGUUUAAAAACUAAGGGCAUGUGUAAACUGAACGAGAAGUCGACCGGAAGUGUAUUACUUUUUUGUAUUCUUGGGCAGUGGUUUCGCCCACAUUUUCGGCCGGGAGACAGUUGGCAAUACAAAUUUUCUAGCGUCAUCGCAACAUUAAGAGGGAAAAGGCCUUGCUUCCGGUUGGCGUGCGUCACUCAACCACGCUGUUGCUUAAGUUUCCUAAUGAUGGCAUGCGCCAUGUCUUUGUUACCUUAGUCACUGACAUCAAGGCCUCUUUGUAGGGUGCUGGGGGAGCCGCUGGACCCCAGGGACCUCCAGGACGCAAAGGACCAAGGGUAAGUUGCGAGUGGACAUUGUGUUUUGAAUCCUGGUUCGGUUCCAGAAAGGCCGAUUAGCGUUAAUCCAGGAUAAAAAAUUUUUCCCAGUUUUUGUAUUUACCUUUCUAUGCAUUGUUUAGAGUAACAUUCUAUGUUAUCAUCACUGUAUCUCUUAGUAAAGAUACAACAGUAUUUUGUAAGCUCGAGUGACAUGUUUGUAGACGAGGAAACAUUGCUUGAAAUUUGGCUUUAUCCAGGGCUAAACUUAACCAUCUUUCUGGGAUUGUAAAUGGACCUCAAUCAUUGAAAGGUCGUUCAGUAUGGCUGGUAUUAAUCUUAAAGUUGAUUGCGGCAGGACCAGCUCAGUCGGUAGAGCGUUUGACUGCAGAGCAGGAGGUAACAGGUUCGUUUCCAGAAACCGGACAAAUACUCAGGGUUUUAAAAUAACUGGGAAACUUUGACCUGCAAAUGAUGAGCUAGUAAAAUGGCGGUCCUGUCUCUUGUUGGAGAGGUGAACAUGGCGUUAUUGACACCCAAAUAAAGGACGUUUUUCCUUUUAUGGCUAAUGGGAUUUGUUUCACUGCUGAUUUCUUGAGGUCUAAUGUUUCCUGCUUGUGAAAACUCCUGAUUGGAUUUAUUUGCCAAUGCGUUUUCGGCUGCUCUUUGCAAUUUAACUCAUCAACAAGAUGAGGAUGAGUGCGGGUGCUUUUCAAGUUGGAAGGCCUUGUAGCACAAUAGGCAGCAUCGCCUUGAAGGUAACCAUGGCAAUCAACUGAGCGCCAACCACCCGGCACCGUCACACUGAAAAAUUCCAGUGAAAUGCUUACCACAAACCAUACUUACCUAUCCGGGGGUGGGAGGAGUGGAAGCAGUAACCAGCAGAUAUCUUAGGCCGUGAAUUCACAAUGAUCCAAAGUUAUUGAGUUAUGCAAUUCCCAACUUGGGAAACUCGAGGGAGAAUGGGUACAAGCUUUCGGCGCCAUGAUUUCUGGGAUCAUUUGGAUGGACAAGCAUUAGUUAUGAUUGGUUGAUGGUAUUCUAGGCAACCAUUAACCAAUCACAAGUAACGCUUGUCCAACCAAACGAUCCCAGAAAUCAUUGCGCCGAAAACUUGUACCCAUACCCCUUCUAGUUUUCUGGAGUCAUGGAUCGCAUUUAAGUUGCUGCAGGCCCGUUUAAAUAUUUAAACAGUUUUUUAUUCAUUUUUCAGGGAAUUCCUGGAACACCUGGUGAAAUGGGAAACCCCGGUGCCGGAGGAGUUGCCGUAAGCGGAAUUUUUGUUCAUUCACCCGUGAUUAAAGUGCUUAUAUCCACCUGCAAAUUCUCCUCACUGACCUGCGUACAUUUCCAUAAAGAAUUAGUGGAGAGAAUUUAGUAAAAGAUCAAAGCAUUUUUCUUUUGGUGAUUACUUCCAGGAUUUGUAAAGACUCUAAAAUUCUUUAUUAAAAAGGCCCGAAAUUUGCAAAGCAGCUUUCCAGAGAAGUGAAGAGUUCGAGCAAAGCGGGCAUGGACACAAAGCGCGAAGGGGGCGAGGGUAAAAAGAAAGGGAAAAAACAAUCCCACUAUCUCGUGCUUUGCUUUGACUCUUGCGUCCUGUUAGCCCGUUUAUUAAGUAAUAUAUAGAUUUAGCCAAGUCUAAAGGCGAAGCUCCCGUUAAUAAAUUUAUAAUUUACUUCAAACAAUGAUGAAACUUGUAACCAUUGCAAAGAAAUCCACUUAAAGUUGAGCCUGUGAUCGAUUGAGAAUAAGUCAUUUCUCAGCGGAGAUUUUCAAAAAACUUCAAAAUUCGCAUUGGAAGUGUGUUUAUUUGAACUGUAAUUUUCGAAAAUGUCUAGCGCCAUUACUCGAUUCAAAAAAUGACCGGGACACAGAUUUGAAGGAGUUGGGGCAAGCUUGACGUAGGAAACUCAAGAAUAAAACAAACCUUGCACGGUGCAUGCAUGCACGGUGAGAUUUUGGAAGCGUUUGGAGGUUCGUUCUUCGCUUUGUCUACUUAAAGCGAACGCCUGGCUGGCGUUGUGUUGUUCAAGGCUUUGAAAACGAAAGUAAUGAUGAUGUUUGUUGCUUUUAGGGGCCUAAAGGAUCAACUGGCCCCCCUGGAAAACCUGGAUUCCCUGGUCGGGAUGUAAGUAAAGCAUAUGAUCAACUUGUUACUAGUAACUAAAAUUAAAAUUCACGUAACAUUUAACUUUUCCAUUUGUAAAAUGCUUUAAAAAUAGAUAACACGAUCUGAACGUACUGUCUUCGACGUUUUAGGGACCUUACGAAACUGCAGUGGAAUCGUCAAAAAGCAAUAGGUUUAGUUCGCAAAACAUCAACUUUACACGUGCAUCACUCUUCUUUGUACAUUUCUUUACCGUCCCUGCACGACUACGACGUGAAAUGACCAAAUUUUGCUUUUUUUGAGGACGGGAACGGCAAGGCGAUAAAUUCUACCAUCUCUGUCUGAACUCGGGUGCGGCCACUCUCUUCAGCUCCAACGUAAAUGCCUUUCUUUUAAGCACCUGUCGACUUGGGAUAGUCGCGAAAUAGUUUAUUGGGAUGCGGAGUCUAUUUUUCAGCGAAGUUUUCAUGGACGUCGCCGUUGUCGGAUCGUAUGGUCCCUUUUAUUUGAACGAUGACACCGUUUGAGUUCAUGUACUGAGUCAACAGUUAAAAUCUUUGGACAAUCUUAGGACCAGUCCCUGAGUAAAGUGGUUAAUUUAGGUGACACUCACAAAAGUGACGUGCUCAAUCUUAAGUUAAAUACGUAAUGUAGAGUUUAAAACUGGCAAACUAACGAAAACAGCCGCGAAGUGCAAGGAAGAUACCGCCAACUUCUGAAACACGCAUAAAUAAUGACUCUUAGGUGAAAUACAUUGAAAUAUUGUCAUCUCGCUAGGUAUGUGUGAUCCAACAUUUAUUGAUGUUGUUGAUUUGUCCUUUAGGGAACGCCUGGUCUGGAUGGUACACCUGGAACUCCGGGAGAACGUGGUGAAAAGGUAAUUGUCUAUGCAUAUUGAAUUUCUCUAGAUUGCUCUUCUUUCAUUUCCUAAAGAACUGAGAGAAAUUGUUAAAAGAUCAAAAGCCUUUGGUGAUCAUCUCUUUUGAUAAUAUGUUGAUAUAACGUUAGGAGGAAAUUGAUGUUGGUCACCCUCAGGACUUAAAAUACAAGGUUUUCAUUUCUUCAAAUGGCAUUGAACUUGAAAAGAUCUAGGUGGCGGCAUCAAAAUAAAGGCAUUCGUCGCGACAAUACAACCUUCAGACAUGCUUCGCCUGUAUAUCCCUCAUCAUCAAGUUUAACAUAUUUUUAAAUCACCGUUAAAUAGUAUCGCGCGAGAGAGGAGCAAGUUCGAGAGGGUUGUGGAGGAAGAAAAAGGGGGAAUAAUUCUCUUUCCCUUUUUUCAAUCCUUGCCCCACCCCUUCUUGCCGCUGCUAUGCAGGUUACAAUCUCAUCACAUUGCAUUUACGAUAUUCUUUUACUAAAACUUGACAUAUAUACCGUGGAGGGACUUAAAGGGAGGGAGUUAGGCCUAUGUGAUCUUUUCACAUAUUCAGGCAGGCAUGUUCGGUGUUCAGACGAACGAAGAGAAGUUAGUUUAAAAGAAAAUUCAUUUUUCUUGUGUCGUCACAUCUUUAACUCUUACAACUGGCAUUUUUUGUUUUGUUGUUUGUUUGUUUGUUUGUUUGUUUUUUUCCUAAGAAAAAUUACCACGAAAUAGUUUUGCGAUCCAGUGGCUUGCACUUAGGGCCUGCUAAUAUGCAUGUAUUUUGUGUUCAGACGAACGAACGUUAAGGUUUUGAGCGAUAAUUUUUAUGUUUCACGCAAUUUUGUGGCAACUCCCACUGUUUAAAUAUGACGAAUAUCGUGAUACAGCAAUCUCGUUCCCAGGUUCUAUUUCCGACCCUGGGAACGAGGUUGGUGACACAGCUCCUCUAAGAUCCUCCAGGGCCUCUUGGGGGCUAGGGGCUCAGCCAAGUAAAAAUCCUGACAGGAAUAUCGUAAAUGUCCUUUUUUGCAUAUCAGGGUGCAAGAGGUUUCCCUGGAGUCCCGGGAACUGACGGCGCGACUGGACAACGUGGAAGGCCUGGGCCGAGAGGUGCCAUUGGAGACCGUGGACCAGUAGGACAAGCGGUAAAAUACAGUCACGUGAUCAGUUUUAACCUACUUCAUUCUAAGUUUUUUCUCUUUAUUGAUGUACAAUUCGUGACCUUAGAACUUGGGUCAAUUGAAGGAAUUACGUUGACAUGUUGUGCUCGACGUCCCUUUCCCUCUCUCUUCCAAUGAUUAUGUUGGCCUCGAACUUGAACAAUUCCGCCGAAAAACCAUUACAAAACGACACUGGAAGGGAGAAAGGCAGGUACUAGAGCUGUGUGACUCAACUUAGGUGCCCUUCAUUGUAGUAGAAAUGUUUAGGAGAAGUUACUGAAAGAUUAAAAAUCCAUUUUUCUUUUGACGCCAUAUCUUCAACUCUCAUACUUGGCAUUUUUUUAAGGAAAACUUACCACGAAUCAAAAAAUGUUGCGAUUCAGUUUCUUGCACUUAUUACCUCCUUCUAGUGCGUCAAAUUUUCAUGUCGCAGGAAGUGGACGUCGCCCCACGAUGUUUUGCACGUAUUGAUAUAUCAAUAUACGAGUUGUACCAGUUCCUCGUAUCUUCUCGUGAUAAAGUCUGGUUUGCUGUGCAAGCACUUGUACAUGUAUUGUUAUACUAGUUGAACGACCCACUACCUUAAAAAGGCCAAUGAUAGUGCCAGGCCUGCCUUUAAACCUUUUGAAGCAGGAUGAUUAUACCUUUCUGGGAAACUGCCUACCUACCCCUCCCCUAAGCCAACAUUAACACUUACUUCUCACUAAGGGAAAAAUGUUGGCGUAAGGGAGGGAUAGGUGGUCAGUUUCCCAGAAACGUACAAUGAUCCUAAAAGCACAUAACAGACUUUCUUGGUUAGUUCCUUGACAGGUUAUUUGAAACGUCUCAACAUUUACUAACUGAGCAUGCCUCACAUUUGAUGGCUGCUGACGUGAGUGUAGACCUGACGGUUAGCAAACCGGUUUUCAACCUGUAUUUCGUGUUCUUAGGGCAGCCCAGGAGAAAAUGGAGGUGAUGGCGAACGUGGUCUGAUUGGAAACGGGGUAUGGUGUUAACGUUAAGCAACAACAGCCAUCUAAAGCUUCUUUUUCACUCAGAGCUGAAAUAUGGUUAAUGUAAACGAGUUGACACGGAACUGGUUUCUUUCAAACAUUUUUAAAACUACACUGUUCGGAUCGCCUGCCGUGGCAGGAUUAGUUCAGUUGAUAGAGCGCUUAACUGCGCAGCGGGGGAUCGCGUGUCUCGUGUGAUUGAGUUCAAAACUUCUUCAGGAUGUAGAAUCAACCACACUCAGAAUCAACAGCUUUCCAUCAGUAUUCGCGUAACGCGUAGUCUCCUUUGAAGCCGUUUUUGUCUCGUCACGCAACGCUCCUCCCCAAGAAACUGGAGAGAGCGUUGCGUGACAGGACGAGACCGGAGACUGCCUAAUGCACCUCUUGGUGUGAAAAUUUCCCCCAGUAAAACAUGUUUCAUUCGCGGCGUGCAAGUAAGAACACGACAGAAGAGUAUUUUUAUGUCCUUUUUUGGACUAGUUCCUCGUGUUAUUUGAAGAAAAGGCAUUAAGAGGAAAUAGCAACCGUUUGUUUUGUGCAUUUGAGGCAUCUGCUAUGAUGUCUAUUCUAGUUUGUUUUAAUUGUUAUGGCCUUCUGGUCUUUUAAGCAGGAGGGAUCCGGCUGUGGUUUUACUCAUAGCUAAGAAAUGACUCAAAAUUGACGCGUUAUUUAACCAGUAGCAACAAACGGUGACAAAAGGGCCUGUCUGACGUUUUGCCAACCUUAAAACGGGAAAAUGAAGCUUUCCCUCAACACCCCCCGCCCAUGCAAUGUUGUGCCUUUGUUUGAACUACCAGUAGGAAACAACAAACACUGCAACUUUGAAUAGAGGGGGACGGGGAGGAGUGUGGAAUAUUUUGUUCUCUGAAGUUAUGUCCAUUUGGGAUGGGUCUCGACACUUUUGUCCCCGAUUGUAAGUUUUGACAUCUACAAAAUUAACAAUAACUGAUCUCUGAUACUCUGUGACUAUUAGCCAAGUUCUUAUAUUUGUCAAGUUAACUGCCAACUGAGCUCUAAUAUAUGUAAAAGUAGCUGAAGGUUGAGUUUUGAUGUCCGCAGAAGUAAUUGAAUGCUGAAUAUUGAUAUCUGAAAAAUCUAUUAUUGACGAGUUGUGAUAUGUGCAAAAUUAUCUGCAUGCUGAGUCUGUUAUCUGAUGUUAUGUAUGUCAUAUAAGUUUGAUUUUGUGUAAGUAGUCAGUAACGCAAGUGGAUGCUCGCCACUUUAGAAAGGAGCAGCACGCAAAGACUUCUGGGACUGUUACCAGGGACGGGCAAAAAUUGGCCAAUAGCUGACUGGCGUGUCCGUAGCAGCGAUCCCAGAAACAAUUGCGGGACGCAUUUCAACUCCAGUUCCCCUCGCGUUUAAAUCUUUAUUGAGGAUGCCUACUUCACCCUAAAGUACUUUACAGAGGGGUCCUCCUGUUAACAAAGACAAGUCCUUAACUAAACUGGAACUUACUUAGAACUAACUAUCAAUUAAUCAAAUUGUUACAUUGCGGAUGGCCUUUUUAAAUUUGUCAAGUGACUUGAGCUCCUUCCAUGACUUACCUAGAUUUUUCCAUUCGUUCGAAGUAAAAUUUGUCGAAGCCCAAAGACCCCAGUUUCUGUUUGAAAAAGCCUUACGUACAUUAUCCUUAGACCUGAUAUUGUAAUCAUGACGUUUCUGUUUGUACUCUUGAUGUUUCUGUUUGUAAUCAUGUUGUUUCUGUUUGUAAUCAUAAUGUUUCUAAAGUGGUGAAUGUUUUUGGUAUGAAAAUGGCUAAUUAUAUUAUUAACUAAAUGACGGGUGAUUUUUAGGGACCAGAAGGCGCAAAAGGAGUCCGUGGAGGUCAAGGAGGCAAGGGAGAAAAGGUAGAGUUCGAUAUUCUUCUAGUGUUCUCUUUUCUAUGCCGUUCAAGAUUUUAACUUGACUUAGUGGAGUAAGCGUGAAAUAAGAGUCACUGAAGCUAAUAACAAAACGUACUUACAAAAUGACAAAAUCACUGCUUCAUGUCAAUCAAAUUUGUCCCUCAAGCUUUAUAUCAAAAGUUACAGACAAAAAUAAUGAACUUGAAAAACUGUCUGGCUAACUGACAAGUUCUCAAAAAGGACAUUUGCAAUCCAUUUCAAUCAUCUUCAAGUUUUCCUAUCUGUUCCUCCUUUUGCAUUUGCUGUGUUAUUCAUGUUCUGAGCAGAUAUUUCUGUUUCAUUCAGUUUGGUGGCGGUUGCCACUGUUUGAAUUUUGAUUGAUUCCGUAGCGCAGCUCUUUUACAGUCGUGGGCUUAGUAUCCUAGCCUUUGAGUGAACGUGAGGCUGAGGUUGACCUUGUUUUGAUAUAAACCUCUUUCCUUUUGUUGUGGAAAUUAUGCGUAAAUAAUACCAGUUAGCAUAAGGAAGACAUGAUUUACUUAAUAAAGCAAGAAGGAUUGAUUCAAAACAAGGUGAACUCCAGCCUCGUUUCCACCUGUAACUGUAAAGUGGAACAAAACUGAAUGCAGAGCUGGCACUACGGCAAAGGGCUGAUUUAUUAUAGGCUAAUAUUUCGGCUAACAAAAUUAGCCUUCCUCAGGGCCUGAGCUAUACCGAGAGAAAAUGUCUUUUAACGGCUCCUAAAAUUGGAAUUUAAAAUUCACAUAAGUGGUUAAUAAUUGGCUACAAUUAUUAAUACUAGAUAGAAUAAUAUACUGGUAAAUGAUUACACAAGAAAAUUAUAAAUAGAAACAGUUCAAUGUUCAUUGUUGUUGUUUGUUUGUUUUGUUGUUUGUUUUGUAAAGUGGGCUAUUGUCAUCUAAAAAUCUCUGCCUAAUUAGUUGUUUAAUAAUUUUAGGGUCAGCGUGGUAUUGAUGGAUCACCAGGUCGUCAGGGUCUGGCAGGUAGAAUGGUAAGUAAGCAACGAUUAAAGUAGAGUACUUAAGAUUUGAGGACGAAAAUGAGUACGAGUACGAGAUUUACAUACAGUAAAUAGAAAGCAGUAGAUAGAAACCUGUAAAUGGCAAAAUGUAAAUAAUUUCGUGCAAAGUCGGAAAAUGUUUUUAGUAUCUUUUCGCUACUCCUUUUUUUCAGUUUGAGUUAUAUUAUACACCACCACGUCAGCUACGCUGUAAACUGAUCGUGUUUAAAUAACAGAUGUUGUUGUUGUUGGUGUUAUUUGACUUAAAGUUUUUGCGCGUGUUCUCAAAAAAAAGACACCCCGGAAAGCUUCAUUUUACUUUUUUCACUAAUAUGAAAGACCUCUGACACCGUCUCUAUCUUUUUCUUCUUCGUCCAUCCUCCAUUCUCCUUCACUUCCUCCUUUCAUUUACCUUCCUCAACCUUUAUUUUCUUUCAUUAAACUCCAUUUCCCUUCAUACACCUUCAUUAGCUUUCGUUUACCUUGUGUCAGUCGCCUUUAUUUAUCUUCUUUAUUCACCUUAUUUACCUCCAUUAACCUUCAUUUUCCUUCAUCCACUUUCAUAUACCCGUAUUAGCCUCUAUUCAAAUUUAAUAAUUGUUCUUUGUUUUGUUUUAGGGCGCCGCAGGAGAACCUGGUUUCAGCGGUGGUCCAGGGACCCAGGGAGAUCCGGUGGGUAUUUUAAAGAUCGUAACUAGUUUGCUGGCUUUGUUUUACUCUUUUAUUCUAUUCAUGGGAUGAUGUCGCAGCUCUUACAAGGCCCGUCACAGGAUUGGUUGGGAGAACAGUAAACAAUCAGAGUUAAUAAUGGGGAAAAAAGAGCUUCGACUUGGAGGAGUCCUAUUGAAUUAGAGGUUCCCGGCAUCGUUAAUAACCGGUUAUCUAUAUAUGGUUAAUGGGGGUUGGGGGCCUCCGCCCCCCAGCCUGCCCCUCCCAUUUUCUAAGGAAAGAGCCCUGGGAACGAGGUUAAAACCGUCGUCAACUCUUCUUUGGUCGGAAACGUUUACGUUCCCAGCCUAUUCUCCGUAACGUGCGGACCAUAAUCUCCUCCAUUCCCGCCAUUUUGGAGCUUUUAGAGUACUGUGGGGUUAUGACGUCAUUGUUUUCGAGACAAGGAGCGAAGCUCCGAGCAUAGUCAGUAUCAAAGCUAGCCGUUUGAAAUCGAGAAUGAUUUUUGCAUUUGUUUUAGUACAAAAAAAACAAACAAACAAACAAAGCAAAAUUUAUCGCGGUGUGACUGUCUUCCAUUCAAAUUUAUAGCUUCAAGGUGUUUACUCACUUAUUGCUUGUGUUUUCAGGGUGACCAAGGACCAUCUGGUGAAGAGGGACCGGACGGCUUCCCUGGUUUACCUGUAAGUUUUUUCUUUUUUUUUUUUUUUCAAUCAUGGAGGAGCUAGUUUUGUUCUCCUGCAGUUCCUGGUGUCAGUGGCUUCCAGCUGGGCCGGUUCUGACAUUCUCCUCCGCAGCGAGGCACGUUGUAACAUUUAUUACCCCCUCCAAUACGCGCUCUCUGUACAGAUGCCCGAUCUAUCGCUAACUCAGUGAUUUCCUCAUUUAUUUAUUUUUUUAUUUAUAUAUUUUUUUUGUGGCUGCUGCCUCUAAAGGCGUAGCCGCUAUUCCCGUCCCUUGCGUCCCGUCCCGUAUUCCCGUCAAGUGCGCAGGGAAGUACGAAAAAGGCAUUAUCACCUUGGUCCAAGACGGAUCUGCAAUGUUAGUAUUCCCGUCCCUUGCGUCCCGUCCCGUAUUCCCGUCAAGUGCGCAGGGAAGUACGAAAAAGGCAUUAUCACCUUGGUCCAAGACGGAUCUGCAAUGUUAGUAGCCUACGUCACUUACGAAACUUAACUCUGUUAUGUCUGUCUGCGAAACAGCGCCGAAAACCUUGAACUGGGUCCCCAUCUGUUUACCAGGAUUUGAAUACGCGCCAUGAUUAGCCUGUUAAAAAAAGCCAUUAUCGAUUUGCCAAUCAAUAUGAAGGGGAAUUCGAAACACACUUCCAUUGAUUCGUCGAGUCCGUUGGUGGCCCAUUAACAAAAAUGAUAUCGCCUGAAACAAAAGGUUUUAUUCCUAAAGGGUUUGAAUUGGGUACAACAUUGAUUUAGCCGAAUAGGUCUAUUCGAAACACACUUUCAUUGAUUCGACGAGUCCGUUGGUGGCCCAGAACAAAAAUAUCGCGCGUUGCUUCGCAGACGUUAAUAACCGAGGUUAACUUACGUCUGUGACGAAGGCUACAAUGCUAGUAGCAAAAGAUUCUAAGAAUUAUCCCGUAAAGAUAGUUAUCUUUUUCUAAAGAUGCUUCGUCGAGUCAUGAAACUUGGUGGUUACAGCGAUUCUGUUAUCUGUUUUUUUUUUUAAUCGAGUUAGAAAGGGAUGUUCCUACAUCGGAAUAAGUGGAACGCGUGAUCUCACGGAAAAUUGCGUCCCGAGGGGAAGCAGGACACGCGAUGCGAUCUUUCCUGGGGUUCCCUUGCUCUGCUAUCGGAACGUUUUCUAAUAAGCUAAAAGGGAAAAGAUCCCACUUUGCCAUCCACUUUAAACAAAAGGGUUUUUUAGGUGAUAAUUCCACAUAUCUGCCUUCGAUACUCAUGUCUUCCUACCUUCUCUAGGGUCCAUUAGGAGACAAAGGUCUAAAGGGUCGACCGGUAAGUUGUAUGAAAAAGUAAUUCGCGCUGUUUGAAACUUCACUGCUAUUAUUCCAUCUCGUUCAAUUUAUCAAAUGGAAGCGAAUUUUUCUGGAGCUGAAUUUGUGGAUCAUAUUUGCCGCUCACUUUUCAUUGCACCGUCGCCGUCCGUAGCCUGAACAGGCUAGAGCAUUAUCCUUGUUCAGAAAUUACCUGGCAGUUAAAUUUGAGGUUGGUCACGUGGAUUGUACCAGAUCGAACACUUCUGAACUUUUUUCAUAAUAGGACGUUCUCGCUAGACUGCAAAACAGUUCGUAUUUUUGCCUAUUCAAGUACGCGCGAACAGCCAAACAAAAGGUCUGGAGCGAGGCUGAAAAUAGGGAGGGCGUGUGGGGCUCGUGCACUUCCAGCGUGUGAGACUCUUCCGCUACCUGAUUUUAAGAAAAAAAACCCGAUUGUUUUGCAGUCUACCGUCUUGCAGGAUAGGCCGCCUGGGUUUGGGCGUCAGUUCCUACCCAGAUUUCUCGCCCCUUCCCUUAAUUUUUUUUUUUUUUUUUUCGGGCGAGUUUUUCUGGCCUUCGUUCUAACCACGUUGUAGUGGUAAUGAGGAGCCCAAACAACCACGACAGUGACGGAAACGGAAACGGCAACGAGAAGGUCAAAAGAGCAGAAGGCGAUAAUUUUGCACGAGCUCACACGGUAUAGCCUCCUGCGCAGACUUUUGGCGCGUCACGCAAUCCUUCCCUCCUUCGGGAGGCAGGAACGCGUGACGAACCUCUGCGUGGGAGGCUACACACGCUUUCGCACAUUUCUUUGCCUUCUCUACAUAGCCUGCGCGCAAGCUCUCCGGGGCGAUCUUCCCACUUUUCCCUCCCCCACCCCCGGAAGUUCCCGGGAGAGCUUGCUCGCAGGCUAUCUCUGCAUGACUUCGACGUGAAAUUUUUUAUCAGGAAACAGACACAAAUUCGUAACUCAUUCAUUCCUAACUCUUAAUCUAGAAUUCUAACUUUUUCUUUCUUUUAUUGUUGCCAGGGCCUACGUGGAUUCGCGGUAAGUUAAGUACGAUUUGCCUCCUCACCUACACACGACAAGAUAGUGGACAAUGACUUCAAGCCCAGUCUUUGUGGAACGUCACGCAACGCUUUUUAAUGGGCUGUGUCACGACUGUUUAGUUCAGUUUGUUAAUAAUGCCAAUUAUGCGUCCUUGUUCGCCAUGGAACUUAAAUAAAUUGCUAGUGAAUGACCAAAGAACAGCUUUGCGUCAAACAGAUAUCUCUCUCUCGAGAACCGUUUUUUCAUUUUUCCGAGAAACCACAAUUGCAAUCCGCAAUUGCGCAGCGCUGCAUACUUUCCACCGCAUUUUGUUCGCGACGAACCAAAAAACAGCUGCUAGAAGACCAAUAUAUUUUUCAAUUAAUAAUGUCUCACUCUAGCGGUGUUGAUUUCGGUUUGAAAUACAAGAUUUCAACGAGAAACUUCAAGGAGGUUUUUAUACCAAGGAAGGAAUAAACAUGGUAUUUUUUUUUGUUGGCGGUACAUCUCGACUUCUGUGUUAUUUUCAACAUUUCAUGUUACUUAAAUAUUAUACUGACAUGGGAAACCUUUUAUUUUGCAGGGGAACCCUGGCAGACCGGUAUGUAUUAUUUCAUUUGUUAUGUAAUAUAUCAAACAUGAGAUGCAGUGUUUCAUCACCAGAUGAAACACCGAGAAGAGAGUUGAAAAUACGACGCGCAGCGGAGUAUUUUUGACGAACUUCGAGGUGUUUCAUCUGGUGAUGAAACACUGUGUCGAAUGUUUGAUAUUUCUUCUCAAACAAAAUCAUUUUUGAAGGAGAAAUUAACGAUGCAAAUACUAAGCAGUGUUUCAUCCGAUUUCCAAACACUCAUUAAACAUUAAUUUCCUUUGUAUUUUCUUAAUGAAUUAUUAAUGAGUUUGAGAAGUUAUGUUCUCAUUCACUCAAAACAUGUUAAGUCCGAUAAUGAAUGAAUUAUCUUUCACCAAACUUUGUGUUCACACGAAGCGUUCCGCCAAAAUCGUGCUCGGAUCAUCCACACUAUUACCCUACGACGUCACAGAUUUUGCAGUGUUACCCGCUUGGAGACUUUGGGCGGGAAACAGUUUGUUUUUUUGGAUAUCAUGUGACCUCGAAGUAACCAGUAAGAGCUCGCGAUGUUGGAAAAUAUUUGUGUUAAAUAACAAUGUCCAUGGUUUUGGCUUUUGAAUUAUUCAAAAUGAGCUUGAGAACUUUGUGACCAACUUGGCGAUCCUUAUAACACGAAGACGAAGUGUAUUGACAAAUGAUAUGCGUUUGUUUCUUUGCAGGGACCACCCGGACCUCCAGGUGAACGAGUAAGUCAUGUUUUUUAUGUACUCUGGUAUUUAAAGUUAAAAAAGCAUCCUUCUUCUCUAUCACGUUUGACCCUUAAAGCCACAAAUCCUCACACAAAUUUUCCAGACUGAUCUUCGUACAGUUCCUUUUACGAUUAGAGGAGAGAAUUUGUUCAAAGAUCAAAGCAUUUUCCCCUUGGUGGGCAUUUACUUAAUUCUCAUUACCCUUUCUUUUGAUGAUGUAUUGAUACUGUAAGGAGAAACCUGAUGUCGAUCAAUUCAUCUUCAGGGCCAAGCCGGCUAUCCCGCCCCAUCACUGACGCGACAAAGCCGUGGAGAUCCAAGCAAAGGACCAAGUGGUGGUGGAGGUGGAGGUGGAGGUGGCCCCCCCGGACCAGUACCAGGACCGAUUGAAGAAGGUGGAUUUAAGAGAGUGAGUACUCAAUUUGCCCAUUUGUUUGUCAAAGCUGUCCUGCCUUGUUUCCUUAUUAGAGCCUUUAAUAUGUUAAGGGCCGAUCUGUGUCGCGGAUGCUCAAUUUAUUGGGUUGAUAGUGCCUAUAACGGGUCUGUUUUUUUCGCUAUGGAGCUUAACAUUAGCGCGGAUUUUACCUGUAAAUGACAAAUUCACAGCUUCGUAGCAAACAAAUAUCGCUUCCCAAGCAUUAUACCAAACGUUACAAACCACAAUAAUGGACCUUGAAAAACUGUUAGGCUAACAAGUUUUCAAAAAUCGCAAAUGCAAUCCGUUUUAAUCUCUUUUAAUUUUGUACGUCUGUGCCUUUUUUGGGUUUUCUCUGUUACGUAUGCCUUCUUAAUGUUUUGUGCCGUUAUUUUUAUGUUUUAUUUAAUUUGGGGGCAGCACGCAGCCAAAAGAUUGCUUUUUGAACUAUUUGGUUUGAUACCUCUUUUCACUCUUUUGUUUGUAAUUGCUGAACUUUCAUUGAACUCAGCAUUUAAACUUUAUGAAUAGAGGUAAUAAUGAAUUUCCCUACUAUUGAGCCUCCACUCCAGACUAAGGACUGUUAAAAAUAAAUUUUUAUGUCACUCAAAUGAACUAGACGUUCAAGGUAAUAAGCCUGCUGUCAUCACUCCAGCUCAAACGUCCAAGAUAAGCUUAACAUUUCUGGACAAAACUCUCAUGUUUUUUCGUUUUCUUUUUUACCUUUUUCCUUUGCAGAAACGACGAUCAGUAGAAUCGGAAGUAAGUAUAAUAAGCACUUGUUCAAUGCAUAUUAAUUGGCGAGGAUAAAUCCAGUAAUUGACAGUAAAGACAUCGCUUACUUAUAUGCGGUAUUCUUAAAAGUUGAUUAUCAAAGUUACCCUAACAAACAAUGUUACGUCUUCUCUUUUAGACUAUUUGCCAUUUGAAUUCUUUACGUUCUUGGCCCCGUUUAUAUGGAGAAAAGAUACCUCGUUAUACGUUUCUAGGAAACUGCCCACCUACCCCUCCCCUAAGCCAACAUUAGCACUUACUUCUCACUUAGGACAAAAUGUUGGCUUAGGGGAGGGGUAGGUGGAUAGGCCUAUCCGAGCUACCCUGGGCGUGCCAGCUGUUCCUACAUUUCCUCAUAAAAUUUGGCGAACUGUUUACAUGAGAAGCAAAAAGAUAGCUCAGCUAGAAGGGAAACCCUAUUGUGACUUUUUAGCCCUACAUAAUUACGACCUUAAUAUCUCCAUCUUCGAGUAAUUUUCACCAUUGUACCUCAUUUCCAUUGCAUAAUGUUUGAGUUUUUCAAGUUUAAAUUCGUCGGUCCUUAGCACCGUUCGUACGUUUUCCUGCGUUAGACAAGGGUUGGAGGUUUUCCCGCGGUAAACACAGACUGCCUGUUCUCCCGCGCUAGUCGAUCGUCGGGACUUGGUGCCAGUUGAACCAAACUCCAAAACAAACACCACUCCUCAGUGGCUAUUGCAAGUCCCAGAGGGUGGUACAGCGUAGUUAAAGUGACGGCUAAUGCCUCGUGUUCUUUUUCAGGACAUGGAAGUCGCCGACCGUAUCGCAGAACUCGGAGAGAAGAUGUAUUUCCUUGAACGCCGUGGCAACUCAUCACAGUUCCCUGCCAAGACAUGCCGAGAUCUUCAGCGAUGCCACGCUGCUUCCUAUCUCCCGGAUGGUAACUGAUCUAGUCUUUGUUUAGUUCAACCCAACAACAACAACGCUUCAGUGUGUUCUAGGAAACUAACCAUCAACGCCUCCCCUAAACCAACUUAAACACUAAAUUCUUACUUUGGGCAAAAUGUUGGGUCAUGGGAGGGGUAGGUGUUCAGUGUAUUCUAGGAAACUACCCACCUACCCCUCCCCUAAACAAACGCUAAGUUCUCACUCAGAGCAAAAUGUUGGGUUUGGGGAGGGGUAGGUAGGCCUUUCCCAGAAUCUUGUGGUUUUGUUUGAACGCAGAGAAGCCGCUUUAGAGAAUUUCCUUGGUUGUUGCGGCUUUCCUUCUAAAUUAACAAAGUGUUUAUUAUCGUUUGCAUAGCUACUCUUUAAAAUUUUGUUUCGAUUUAUUUUAUAACAGGUAAUUACGUUGUCGAUCCAAAUGGCGGAUCCACGAAAGAUAGGGUCAACGUGUUCUGCAAUUUCACCAACCAAGCCACGUGCAUCAGACCUAGAGUGAAGAGGGUUUGUGAGCAAUUCAUUUUUUAGAGUCCUUUAGAUUCGAAGACGAGAACGACUACGAGUACGAGAUUUAAAUAGAAGAUUUUACGCAUAUUGUCAAAAAAUAAGCUGCCCGGAAAGCUUCAUCGUACUUUUGAUUCACCAGAAAAGUUAGCACUGUUAGGUUUAUUGAAGGAGGUCAAGUCCUCUCCCGACCGCAAACUGAUAAAGAUCAGUCUAACAUUUGUUCCUCUUUAUUAUGGCACUGAUUAAAAGAGAAAUUCUUACCAGUCGCAAAGUCUUGUACACGAAGUCUUAAACGCGUAAUCAGUUCUUCUUUUGCGAAAAGACGCUAUUCAAAAUACGGAUUUUUCUCGCUUAAACCGUCAGCUUAAGCGAAAAAAAAUUGACACACCUUUUUUUGUAACGAUUUUCCAACUUUCAGCCGACGGAGGAAUGGGUAAAUAAAGUAAACUUGUCGAGUUUUGAACUCGGAAACUUUUUCAAAUUCGUGCUCGCGUGAUUAGCGCGCGAAAAGCAAAACAUCUUGACGCCACAACCAUGUUUACAUACUCUCAUGCAAACAAUCCUCUCGGCCAAUCAGAGCGCGUGUACUAUCCUAGUUAUUUUAUAAAAGAGUAUAGCAAAACGGUGUUUUUGCCGAAUAGAUGUGGAAUGUAGGCCAAACCGGAGGAAAUUUUCGUUUUGAAACAAAAACAGAUACGCGUGGAGGAGGCCUAAGCCUUUUGUAGUUGAUGCUGUAGUUAGUAAGGGUCAGUAAUACCAAUUGUAUUGGAUACCUGUUAGUUGUACAGUUAGGGCCUGUUUAUAUGGAGGUGGAGGACCCCAGAUAAGUGAGGUAACAUGCCGCGGGUCGCCCCACCGAACAUGUAAAUGUGAUCAAAUAAAAAUGAGAGAUUAUAUGGACAGGUGAGCGGGUUACCUCACAUACCUGGGGUCCCCCACCUCCUUUAAACAGACCCUUAUUAGAGAGCUUAAGCGACGACGACGGCAAGGAGAACGGCAAAAGUGCAAUAGUUUAAUUAGCAUAACAACUUUGCACGUAAAUCACACUUUCUUGUACAUUUCUUUGCUGUCACUGCACGUCUACGACGUGUAAAUGCCUAAUUUCGCGUUUUAUGGAGGACGCAAACAAGCAAUGGCGAAAUUUUCUUUCUCUUUCUGAACUUGAGUGCACUCCCCAAGAAAUCAACUCCAGGGAAAUUCGCCUACAUUUGACCUUUUCAGCAAAUUGGAAUAAACGCGACAAAGUUUGAAAAAACGCGAGUUCAUUUUAAAUGUGACGUUUUCGCUGCCGUCGCCGUCGUCGAUGCUAAAUCUCCCUACUAGGCCCAAAGGCUAUGGCCGUUUUCUACACAGCAUUCUGCAGGGCCUGGUUCCUGAAAGGCCGAUCAGGGUUAAUCCAGGAUUCAAAUGUUGUUCCGUUUUUGUAUUUUACAUUCCUGUGCAUUGCUUAUGGUAACAUUUUGUGUUAUCAUUACUAUGUCUCGUAGUAAAGGCUCAACAGUAUUUUGUAACCUCGAGUUGCAUGUUCUUAGACCAGAAACCCUUGCUUGAAAUUUGGCUUAAUCCUGGGUAAAACUCAACCAUCUUUCGAGGAACUGGGCCCUGAAGUACAAAUUUGUUUCCGUUGUGUCACUUUCCACACACAACAAAGCAGAAAACAGAACGUCUUUAUUAUCUUUUUUAGCUUGAUAAGACCUUAUGGCAGAGAGGAAUAGAUCCCCAUAUGAAGGUGGCCUGGUUUGCCGAAGACUUGAACAAUGACAAAAAGGUUUGUAACUAUGUUCCCCCAAGUAUUAAAUAUGUUAAUUUGGAGUUUACACUCAAGCGACGAUUUUGAGCGAUGCCCCCGUCAACCGUGAAUAUGGAUUUGAGAUGGAGCGUUGACACCGGAUUUGAUCUACUCUUUUAGAACAAAUUCUUAAACGUUUUUAUAAGAGCAAAGAAAGAUAGGGCCUAAAACCAUCUUUGGUAACUGUUCCCAAACCUGUUUAAAAGCGCAAUGGUUCACUUCCAGGUGACAAUUGGUUAAGCUAUCCCUCGUCUGUCAAUCAAACCGCGUAACGCGCACGAUUUGACCAAUCACAGCUGCUUCGCAUGGUUUUAAAUCACGCUAAAUCCUCAGGGUUUUCGUCAGAAAUGCCACGAAAUCAAUUCUGGAGGUUACGCUAGGUGGCGCUGUUUUUCCCAGCACAAUUAUUAAAGACGCCAUUAUCAGUGCCCCAAUUUCCCUUAUGCUCGAGUUAUUUAAAACUGAUUUGAGAUGGAUUUUAACACAGUGGAAAUUCCGUCCCUUCUAAUCUACGAACAAUCUGAAAUGUUUAAACGUCGUUAUGUGCUUUUUUUUCCGCAGGGAUAGGGCCAAGAAACCACCAACACAAAACUGUUCCCCCUUUCUCGCCUGUUUUCACGCGCUUGCGUUUCAAUGGUAAAAACCACAGGAAAAAUGGGGCUGUGAUUGAGAGUGUGCGAAGUUGUUUUCGUCUGUCAAUCAAACCGCGUAACGGCUCAUUUUACCAAUGCGAUCACAUGCUGCUUUGCAUGGUUUUUUCACCCUGAAAACAGCCUAAAUCAACAAACGCACAAAGAUGGAAUUUUUCUCCCUUCCUUGCGUUUGUGAAUGCGUUUUCGUGGACAUACUGGACGAUAUGUGUUGACAGGUCUCCUCUGCAAACGGUUAUUUUUCAGAUUGAAUAUGAGAUCGACGAGAUCCAACUGUCCUAUCUACAACUGCUUAGUAACCACGCCCAACAAAUGUUCACGUUCAAAUGUAAAAAUUCAGUGGCCUGGUACGACGAGAAUUCGCGCAGCUUCAAGAAGGCCGUCAAGUUCGAAGGCGCCAGUGGACACGAGUUUAGCUCGAAAUCUAAAUCCAAGAAGGCCAUGAUCAAGGUUCCACAUGAUGGUUGCAAGGUAAUACUGUUGGUCCACUCUUUGUUCUUUUCCAGAAUUCUAAUGUUUCCUUGUUAGGGGCUGUUUACAUGACACCGGGGCGACUUUCGCGCCGGAGUGAGUUCACUCCGGUUCCCUCUCAUGGCUCUACAUUUGUUUACAUGAUACCACCACAAAAUGUCAUGCCAGCGCGAGUCACCCCGGCGUGUGUUCACCCCGGUUGCUGUACCGGGGCGAGAAUUUCACUCCGGUACGAAAUCUCACAACGGUAUCAUGUAAACGCGAAAUGACCACACGUUUCGGUGUGAAAUCGGUCUGUCGGGUAACUGGAACGGGUAGCUCAUGCGUAAUGUUUGUGAUUUUGAAUCUUACGUGUAUUUUAUCAACAUGAAGUGUACCUUCAAAAUGACCCAGUCAUAAUGUAAACUCGAUACGAAAUAAAAAAGUCAUUCCGGUAUGAAACUCGCGCCCGUGCGAGUUUUCUCAUGUAAACACCCCUAAAGAUAUGAGGGAGUUUAACAUACCACGACGGCGUCGGGCGCGAAAUUAGGGAGCUUAAGGUCAUGCUUACAUUAUACCGGGUAGGGCUUCUGUUUUCAGGUGAUUUCGGCGCGACUUCUAAAAAACGAAGCGAAGCAGCGUCGCGCCGCUGAUCUAUAAAGUGGAGAGUCGCAUAUCGGAUAGGUUGACACACUACCUUAUUAUAGGAAAUUAACGCUGGAAAUUCGCGUUAAUUUAAGUUGUGUUAAUUUUUAAACGGUAAUUUUAAACGGUAAUUUUUAAACGGUAUGUUUAUUUUAAACGGUAAUUUUUAAACGGUAAUUUUUUUUUUAACGGUUAAUCAAGUGAAGUGCGAAUUUCCGCGACCUUCAUUUCCAUUAUUUAGGCCCCAAAUUCUCGAUAAGAAAGAGGAGUAUUUUAUCAGGGUGGAGAUCCGCCGGUUAUCAGUGAAACUGUGAAGAACCCUCGAAGUGGCAAGAUUUCUUCGCUUGGCCUUCUUCGUCAUUUAGGGAAAGAACCACGAACAAAGUUUCCAUUACGGACUAUACUUUUAACUUUGUUCCCGUUCUCUUAACAAGGGUUGUUUCUUAGUGAAAGAAAUUUCCUUCAUUUUAAAAUAUGUCACCUCUUUUUCGUGUUGAUUCCCUUUAUUCGAAAGUCGUUUUCCACUAAAUUCGCGUCAAUUUAAGUUGCGUUAAGUUCCAAAAACUUAUUUUCAUAGAGCGUUAAUUUCCUUUAAUAAGGUAUAUCCGGUAUGUUGUGAACAUGGGGGACCUUACGAAACUACGACGGCGACGGCGACGGCGACGGCAACGGGAACUUCAAAAAAGCAAUAGGUUUAAAGAGCAAAACAACAACUCUGUACGUGCGUUACGCUUUUUUGUAUAUUUCUUUGCCAUGCAUGCAUAACAAGGACGUGAAAUGACCAAGUUUUAAGUUAACUUGGGAACGGGAACGGCAAGGCGAUAAAUUCUACCAUGUCUGUCAGAACUCGGGCGCAGUCGCUUCUCGCUUCCCUUCAGCUGCAACCAAAAUUCCCUUCUUUUAAGUAACUGGGCCCCUUGGAAUAAUCGCGAAAAAAAGUGAAAGGAUGCGAAGGUUUUUUUUUUUUUUAGCGACGUUUUCAUAGACGUCGCUGUUGCCGAAUUGUGAGGUCCCUAUAGCCUAAGCAACGAGGACGACAACGACGGGUACGAAAGUGUCGCUUAAAAAGUGAAUUCGCGUUCUUUCAAUCUCUAUCGCGAUUAUUGCAACUGGCUUACUUUGUCAAAAUAUAAUAUAAGCAAACUUUUCUGGAGCUGUAUUCAUAAGAAUCAUAUCCAAGUUCAGAAAGACAAAGAAAACUUCGUCGUCGCUUGUUUUCGUCCUCCUCACGUCGUAGUCGUGCAGGGACGGCGGCAAAGAAAUGUAUGAAAAAGUGUGCUGCACGUGCAAGGUUCUUGUUUUUCCUAGCCAACCUAUUGCUUUUGUGACGGUCUCUUUGCCAUCGCCGUAGUGGCUUUUAAAAUUUCCUGCAACUUAGAAACGCCUUGUAGAGCUUAGUGAAAAUAAUUGCGUUAGAUUACAGGAAACAGCAUCCUAAUCCCAUCUUAUAACUUCUAUUUUGUACGUCGAUACUAUUCGAUCGCCCCAGGUAUAUUUGCAGCGCACUGUCGACUUAUGUGGCGGCUUAGAACGAGUUCGUAUCCCUCGAAAUUUGCUGAUCCUUUGUGGGGAACGUCGAUUCUGUGACUUCGUCGACUUCUGUGACGAUUUCUUUGAGUUUUGUUUUACUGCGGGUAGAAAUCUUUAUUCUGUGAUUUUAUGUCACUUCUUUCUUUGAGACUUUCUCAAAGGAACUCACUGUACAGACAACAAUGUUUCUAGCUCUUUUCCCCCCCCUCCCCCCACCUUCCUCGCCAAAAGCACCCUCUUAGACCAGAGCUCUUGUAACGUCAUGUUUUUCGCCCCCAGAUUAAGGACGGAUCACUGCGUGACACACAAUUCCUGUUUACUACAACUCAAGCCUCCCGCCUGCCCAUUGUAGACUUUGCUGCCUAUGACUUAUCAGGAGAAUUAGAGGUGGAAAUCGGCGAAGUGUGCUUCUGGUGA